AUGCUGGAGACCUACAGUUCAUCUAAGCAACCACCUCCCUUGGCAAGUGUAAGGAAGGACUAGGCUGGGUCCUGCCUAAUUUAUCCCCACUGGUUUGCUCCAGUACUUUCUUUUGUUACUAAGGGUAUAUAUAAUCCUAUGCCUGCUUGCUGGGCGGUUCCAAAUAAAUCCCACUGAAACUUCCCAGGCUUUGGGUCGUUAAGGGUGAAGCGGCAAGCGUACUUACGUCUGAGCGAAAACUGGUAGGAUAGAGAGAGAGAGAGAGAGAGAGAGAGAGUACGUAAUAAAGGCAGACAGUUUAUUCGUUACACUAAAAAAAAAUAUUAUGAAAGAAAAUCGGCAAGGACGUUCCCACGCGCGUCGGAAACAAAUCGGUAGUCCCUGCUGGUGGUGAAACACGCAAACACACACCAUCGGUCCCCCGCAUGCAACAUAUCAGUUCCUUCGGCACCUCUAGAACCAUUAUCGCGAUUUGCAAGGACUGGAAUUGGGGAAACGGCAGGACCCGCCUCGAACUGUCACGUUGCAUUAAUCGCUGGCUGGCGACCGGGGGGCAGAUGCAAGGCUAAUAAUUGCUGUUAAUUUAAGAUGCAAGGCUAAUAAUUGUUAAUUCAAGAUGCAAGGCUAAUAAUUGCUGUUAAUUUAAGAUGCAAGACUAAUUGCUGUUAAUUAAGAUUGGGGAGCAACUUGAGGGGGUCCCCCGAUCGGCGAAUAUUCGGACUCCCAGACAGACACGCCCCGACACCCCCCCCCCCAGUAUCUCCCCUUCGCCAGCGCUCUGAGCCGAUGUUCUCGGCGUUCAGCUUGUGCCCCCUGCUCCCUCUCCUCCUGAGACCGCCAUCGAUACGCCCGGCGUUCGGAUCGUCCCUACUUCUAUCCAGGCGUCUCCGUGCUCGGCCUGCUUCCCUCCUCGCCGCCGCCUCCCCCAGCGACGACCCUUCUCCCCCCCACCCCCGCCCAUCAGUUCCCGUAUCGACUCGCUCGGCUCUCUACCCACUCCCCCUUGCCUAGCCUCUAAAGCCUUCGCUCGAUGCGCUCGACGCGCUCCCUCUCCCACCACCCCCUGACGGAAUGAUGAUGCCCUGGGCGCUUUCUUUGACCACCACUCGAGCCUCUCGACGCUCAUCUCCCCGCGCCUGUCGCCUAGCAGAGGGACCGGAAGUGGCUCGGGGAGGGGAGGGGGGCUCGGUCCCUCCUCAGGUGAAGGCGCUGUGGAUGGAGCCGCCGUCGCGGAGCCAUUGAGCCCCCCUCCAGCGCCCCCCACCCCCCUCCCAGCGGCUGGGCCGGGGGGGCCCUCCCCACGGCGAGGCGGCUGGGUCUGGAGCCCCCCCGAGUCAGGUGAGGAAAGAGAGGGGCGGGAGGGCGGGCGGACGGACGGGGGCCGGGAGGGAACAACGAGCAAAGCGGGGCUGAGGCGGGAGGUGUCUCUGGAAGUGGGGAGUCGGAUAGCGGAGGGUGAGGCAAGGCGAGGGAGAAGGAGUUGGGGUGAAGGCGCCGAGGGCUCCGAGGGGAGCGAGGAGAUUCCUCUGUGGGCAGAGGGGGAAAGUGUGCGGCGCUCUGUCAGGAGCAGCUCUGUGCGAGAAGAGGUGGUAACUAAGGAACAGCUGGCUGCAGGGAGAGAGGCGCAAACUUGGGCUGCGCCUUUGCAGGAGCUAAUAAUAGAGGCUUUUCAAGAAGGGCCCGGCGAGGAAGUCGAGCCCCUGGGCUAGGAGCACUUAGAAGUUCAGCUUCGUCCUGAGUGGCGGGGACUGACUGGAGGCGGUUGUUUCGGGAUGGUGUCUGCCAUACGGGUUGGAGAAGAAGUGGGACGCAAGGAAGGAGAGGUACCUGUCACUUCAGGGCAGUGUUACUCUGAACAUGCUGGAAACAGCAACGAAAUGCAGGCUCUUGUCUUGUGCCAGGCUAUGGAUUUGAAUCCCAUCAUUCAGGUUUUGAAUAGGUUUGGCUCCGCAUUGCGCGUGCAUCUGUUUUUUAUCCACGCACAUGGUCCUGGCCACACACACACACACACACACACACACACACAGGUUGUGAGUGUUGUAUUCUGAUGGGCUGCCAUGAAGUCUUUAGCAAAAUGUACUUUUCUCCCUGGGAGAAAAGUACAGCGUUGAACAGCGUUGAGUGUAGUUGCCUCCUCUAAUGCAUCCCUUAUUAUGCAUCAGUAAUCGAAGGUGAAGGAGGAAUUGAUAGAUUUGGGAGCAUGCUUGUUUACUGUACUCUUCUGACUGCAUACUUCUUGCAGAGAAGAAUCUGAAUGAAGACUUAGAAGCCUGGUUAUCUGUGGUUACCUCUGAAAAGAAACAAACCUUCUCUUGAUGAUAAGCUUUGCUAGUAGCCUGGUUAGUCUAAAUUCCAAUCACUUCCCAUUUCCAGCUCUUGCUAAAUUAAACUUUUAAUAUUUCCCUUGUGCAAUGAGACUAGCAUAUUUUUUCCUGGGUGGUUGUAUGUGUGAGAGAGCAAGAGAAAAGUAACAGGAAUGUGAGUAUCUCCCCUAAAAAUGCAGUCUAAAACUGAAACAAAAAACACUCCUUUGCUUGGGGAAAUGUGGAAACUUUUAGGCUUAUAGUAUGAAAAGAUCAUUUUCACUGUUUUGCUUUAGUUGAGUUUCUUCUACACUAAUAUAUCAGGAUUUACAUUUUUGGAGUACUGUUUUCUUUAUUCAAACCACCAUAGUAUCAUGCUAAGAGAAAUACUGGUAAGCUGUAAUGGGCAUCAUGUUCUGGAACUGAAGGACUGAAUUCCAGCUUGCCUAGCUCCCAAAUUUGGCUGCUUUUGCAUCUGCAAUGAAUAGAGGAGGUGUGGAGUUUGAGAAGGUGGAACUAUACUUAAGACAGCUGGGUGUGCUAGAGUAGGACAAUUUGUUCCACAUGCUCUCUUCUCUGUGUGUAUGAGGUUCCUUAAAAAUAUAGUUGGAGUUUUAUUAAGUUGUGCAAGAGUUUCUGACAUUUUCAGUGUGAUAUUAACAAGGUUAUGUUGGAAAGGUGUCUGCCAUGCUUUUCCUGGCAUGCAUUUGGAUUAUCAGCCUUAGUUUUCUAUUGCUUCUUUAUAUUUAUGAAGUGGCAAAUUCUCUAAAUAGCCAGUGUUUGUUGGGAGAUGUGUAAUGUUGAGUUAUUGGAUCCCACCUAGCAGAGUCUCAGAACCAAGCUGACUCUCAUUGUCAUGAAUGCAACAAUAUACACCUGAAAGCGUUAUUCAUGGGGCAAAAUGUUCUUUCCAAGUCAGUUGAGGCUCAUCAGAUAAAGGCAGGACUUCAUUCAUUCUCUAGCAUAUGUUUAAUGCUGCUAGACAUGUAUCAGGCCAGUGAAUCUUAAGAAGGUUUCAAGUUUCUUAGUUUGGUGCAUUUAAGUCACAUGAGCUGGCACCGGCUUUGUGGAUAGGCUUUUUAUCCCCAAACUGGUUGUUAGGUUUCAAGACGAACUUCUCUGCUGACUUAUUCAAAUGGUGUAAAGUGCAGGGGUAGCCCGGGCGAACUGUGCAUUAGAAACCAUGCCACUUUCUAAGCCAUGGUAGUUCCUUUGUCUAAAAGGAACAAUGUUCUUGUUGCCCACUUCAAGAUGCUAGUGUUUCAUAUUUGUUCUUAACUAUCACAGUGUAUUGUGUAAACUCAUCUCACUGAGUUUCUUUGACAAUCAAAUGUGGACAUUACCUGUUACUGCAAGACUUUAUGAUAAGCUUUGGGAUUCUCUCUGUCAGGUCUAUUCUUCCGGUCUUAUAUGUGGCUAAUUCUUAGUAAAUCCCACUGUUUUUAAAUGACUCACUUACAAGGUUAGAGCUUGCAGUCAUGCAUACAAAGAACUAUGAUGCUUAGCAUUUAUAUAAUGAGAUUGUUCUAAAUCAUUCACAUACAUUAACUUGUUAUCCGUACAACAACCAUGUAGGGUAGGGACAGUGUGAUUAUUGUAUUAGCAAUUGUAAGGCUGAGAGAAAAUAGCUUGCCUCAGGCAACCUAUUUAGUUCAUGGCCAAGGAGGGAUUUGAACCAGACACAUCCUGAUUCCUAGUUCAUUCUCCAAGCUGCUAUGCUACACCGGUUCUCCAUGGACUACUUCGUUGCUAACAACCAUGUGAAACCAUAACACUUCCUCUGCUAUUGUAUUCUAGGCUUAUCUAAGGUGAAAGCUUUGUUUCUUAUGAAUAGUACUGAUUAUGCUUUGACAAGUUAAAAAUCUGUAAUCACGAUAAAUGGAUGGUGUGGCCUUUGCCACCACACCUUGAAGGCAGGCUGUUGAGCAGCAGGAGAAAGUGGCCUUUUCUCUUGUAUUUCAGCUUCCUGUUUUAAAAUGGUUUGGACUGUAUGUGCUUCAACAACCACUUCCAACCUUGUUUCCUUUUUGUGGUCUCAAGAUCACCCCAGGACGUUUUGUCAGAACCUCCCUCAGACUGAAUAGCCUACCAGUAUGGCAAAAAAUCAUAGAGAACUAUUCCUGGUACCUGCUCUUUAAUGGUAAGAGUUGUUUAGAUCUCUCAGCCAUUAACAUUAUGUAGCAAACUUCUUAUUUAGUCUUUUGGUGGCCUGGACUAAGGCUACAUAGGGCAGACUUGACCAUGAAGGUGAGUCUUUCAGUUGCCUCUUAUUCUUUUCACACUAUUUAGCAAUGUUGUUGUAUUACUCUAGUUCAUAGGAGAAGGUAAGCUUAAAAAGUGGAACAGGGAACUGUCAUAGAUCCAAGCAAAAGCUCAGCAAGACUUUUGACUCAAGUUAGUUGUAGCCUCCUAACUUUUUCUUUUACUGAGAAGAUCAGCCAAAUGAUUAAUUUUCCUGUUUGGAUCAGACUCCUUGACUGAAAUCCCUUGUCCCAGAAGUUAUUCCUGUUAGUUUAUCUGGAUGCAUAUACAGCUCACCUUGGAGACUCAGAGUGGGUUAGGUCUCAAAAUAUCAAAAAAUAAAAUAGUGCAGAAUCUUAAAAUAUCUAAAGCUUCUCAUGUUUCCUACGCACAACCAUGUUGACAUGUAUUCUUGCUAUGACCCUGGCAAGCAUUUAUUUCAGGGAAGAGAAGUCUCAGGACUUGGGGCCUCCCUACCUGGUCUUGAGGGCUCCCCUCAGACUGUACCCGUCACUAGCACUGCUUCAAGCCCAUCUCAGGAGUGUCCUUUAGUUGUUAUAGUGGCUCUUGCUUGCUUAGAUAUGUAGAACCCUUUUUUUUUUUUUUUUUUUGCGUGGCUGGAAUGUAGCUUAUUGUAUACAAAUAAGUCACAUUUGUUGCUCCCCCAGUUUUGGGUCUGGCCAUACUACUUUUGCUUCUAGACAUGCCUAUCACUGGUACAUAGUCCUGGAGACAGAAAUAUGGUUCUCCACCCCUGCUUUACUAGAAGGGCUUUCCAUAAUGUGAGCACCGUUCUUUCUAUGCCCUUAGACCAAGUCUUUUUAAAGUCUCUUGUAAAGGUUAACUCAGCAUACCUCUCUCAUUUCUUGGGGUGACAAGACAGUACAUAUUGAACUAAUUUGCAUGUAAUGUUAAACCAUGGUUUAUAAAACAAACCAUGGUUUAAUGUACACCAGCCCUUUGCUCCUCCCCAUUGCUGACUUUGCUCCAUAUGGGAGGAAACAAACUAGAGUCUGGCUUGUCACGACGUGAGAACCCAGCUACUGCAACCUUCUUUCAUUCCAAAGAAGGACCAACUUUGGCUUCCGCUUGCAGGGCUUUUGGAGAGGAAUAAGCCUCUAGGAGUCUGGAUUUACGCUUCACAAGCUAGACUCAUUUGUUGCAUGCGAACUAGGUAUUGUAUUGUACAGGAAACAUUUUUCAUCUUUCCAAAGCACUCUAUAAGUAUAUGGCAGUUGCCAGCCUGACACCCUAGUGAUCUGUGGGAGAUAGCAAAUGUUAUAUUUGGUGGUGGACUUUGCUCUGUGACUGUUGUUGGUUAGAUCUCUAUGACUCCACUUGUGGAAUGAAAGUGGUUCGCCACAGCUCUCUAUAUGUGUCGCCAUUUAUAGCUGAUGGUAAUAGUGCCUAGCAGUUAACCCUUUUCCCCAAGAGGGAUACAAAUUUCUUUUUGAAAUUGAUUUAGCCAGGGGAAGCCUGUACGUAAUAGAAUUAUAGGGUCACAAGUAUUUGGCCUUCCACCCUGCGAGAUGGAGGUUAUCUGAGUUCAGUUGCAGGGAGAGAGGCGUAAAGUGUCAGGGUGAGCUCUGUGGCAGGCAAGAGAGAGAAGCUGAGUUACUGUGGACCUUUUCAAUCUGGAACGACUGUGUGCCUUUCAUGAGCAACAUUAGUUGGAUUUCAUUAGUACUUGUAAAAAUAUCAGUGUUCAGAAGUGGUAUACACCUUUACUUUUAAUGGUAAGUGCUACUCUGUCUUGGGUUGGUGGGCAAAUGUUGGACUAACUUUUGUGACUCACUCUAGACAUGUGCUGAAGAAGUAACUGUGUGGGGCUUUUUUGGUGUGUUCUUUUUAAAAAACUUGUGUCUUUGUAAUACUGUAUUGAUGAGCACUCAAAUAAUUGCCCAUAUGAUAAUUAGUUUGUGAUCGUAAAUUGCACUGCACAGUUUCACAACGUUUUGUCUGCUGGAGGAUUAUUCCUAUGUGAUUACCAUACAAAUUUGAUGAGCAAAUUGUACUAACAGGAGAAUUGUUUGCCCACAUUCCUGGGGAUGAAAAUUCUCUUGAGCUGAAGUUUCUUUCCCCGAAUUGCUGACAUGGAAUUCCCCUGUCCAUCACCACUAGAGAUUUGCCUGGGAAUCCUCACAGGAACAAUCCACUAGCUAAUAAAAUGUGAUACAGUGUUAGACCUUUCGAUUCCAAUGUCUGAAAAAGUUCAUUGACUUCUGAUUUAUUAUAUACACUAGGGCGGAAAACAAUCACCAUUUCUUUUAUGGCUACCUGCUACUCUCUCUUGGUCCCUUGUAAACCUACUCCUCAUAAUGUCUCUUCCCUAUUUCUGUGGCAGAAGUUUUGGCUCCUAGGGGAGGUGAGGGUAGCAUGGGAAAUAGGGAAGGUCAGAAAUUUUUCUGCCUCUUUCUGUUGCAAUCUUUCUGAGAAUUGUUCUGCAAAAUCAAGUUGACAGGGAGCAUGAAUCUUCCCACAUGAAGUAAUACUGGUGUUUGGAUCUUGGCGGUGGUCCACAAGUCAAUUAUUAUUGGCGGCAUCUUCAUCGCAAGUCUUUAACUUCCUUCAGAAGGACCGAAACAUGUUGUCAUAUGCGCUUAGUUGUUUGAAAAAAGCAGCUCCCUGGUGGAAGCUGUUUGAGGGAAUUUGUAUGUAAAUUUCUUCUACAGAACAAAAUUAAAGUGCAUUAGCCUGCAAAGAUAGGCCUAAGGGAGAUAUCAAGAGUUCUGUUGGAAUGAGCAUGUAGGAAAUGCUAAAUUGAAAUGUUAAAUACUUUUAAUAUUAAAGUGUGGGAGUGUAGAAGAUGCAUAACCGUAAAACAAGCUGGUGGUGUGCUGAUGGAGGAGCAGAUACCCAGUGUGUGCUGCAUCAGAAACAUAUUGUGAACCAGGGGGCCACUGCUCAUACGCAUUUCAAGUUUAUAGUAAUUAACACGGGAAAGAUAAGCAUGCAAUUAGUAAUGCUUACCUUUGCUUAGAAUGCCCGCAUCAUUUUGCAUUCCUACGGCUAUGACCAGAUCCCGUAUAGCAUAGAUAAGUCUUGACUUCCGUCCAGCCAAACGGGUAACUAAAAUGUUCAAAACUGAUCCAGUUCUUUGAAAUCAUGAAACGGGCAGGGCUUUGGGAAGGUUUUCUUAAUAAUAAUAAUAAUAAUAAAUUUAUUUAUACCCUGCCCUCCCCAAGCCAAGACCAGGCUCAAGGCGGCUAACAACCAAUAAUAAAAACAAUUUGUUUAAAUACAAUUUUAAAAACAAGAUUAAAAUAUAACAUUAAAACAUUAGGAUACAGGCUCUUCACAGGAGGAGAAAGGAAAAAGAAAGAGGGGGAGGGAAUCAAACUGAUUCUAAGCCAAAGGCCAGAUGGAACUACUCUGUCUUACAGGCCCUGCAGAAAGAAAUCAGAUCCUGCAGGGCCCUGGUCUCAUGAGAAAGAGCGUUCCAUCAGGCUGGAGCCAGUGUUGAGAAGGCCCUGGCUCUGGUUGAGGCUAAUCUAACUUCCUUAGGGCCUGGGACCUCUAGGGUGUUGCUAUUUAUGGACCUUAAGGUCCUCCGUGGGGCAUACCAGAAGAGGCGGUCCCAUAGGUACGAGGGUCCUAGGCUGCGAAGGGCUUUGAAGGUCAAAACCAGCACCUUAAAUCUGACCCUGUACUCCACCGGGAGCCAGUGCAGCUGGAAAAGCGCUGGGUGAAUAUGCUCCCAUGGCAGAGACCCUGUGAGGAGCCUCGCUGCAGCAUUCUGCACCCGCUGGAGUUACUGGGACAGCUUCAAGGGCAGCCCCGCAUAGAGCGAAUUACAGUAGUCAAGCCUGGAGGUGACCGUCGCAUGGAUCACUGUGGCCAGGUCUUAGCCCCUGUGUAUUCAUGCAUGAGGCCUGCAAAUAUGUUUUAAUGAAAGUUUGAGAUUCUCAGCCUUCAGACUAUUGCUCGUGGCUUGAGGCAGGUGGGAGACAGUAAUAGUUUAGCAUCUGAUGCCUACUCCUGUACUAAUGUGAUCCUCCUCUGCAACUUCUGGGGAGUCUAAACAUUAACUGUUGACCCACAAAAACUUGAAAUGCCCCCCCCCCCCGUGAUAUGUGUGUUAAUCAAAGAUCUCCACGAAACCAUUGACUCCCUCCCGUCUUGUUUGCAAAUGUGCUCCAAAACAUUUGCAACCCAGCAGCCGCGAGAAAGAUAUGAUGCUGUAUGGGCUUUGCUUUUCUGAUUGCUGUGUCUCCGCCUUGCCCCUUUGCACAGGCUUCCCCAGUUUUUCAUGGAGUUUUCUCUGUGCCACCGCCAGAAGCCAUUUAGUGUCAGCACACACACUGAUCGCCAGGAAAACAUUUUCUUUGGUGUUUAAUGUGCUGCCAGUUUGAUAGCUACAUUAGCUUUUUGUUGUUUGUUUAAAAAUACAAAUGGGUUUCUUCCAGGCUGGCUUUUCAAAUGUUUCAAACAAUCCAGCCUCUUUCUCUUCCACCCCCCCUCCCUUCUUCCCCUUUGCUUCAAAUGGUUGGUUCAUCUGACUAACUUCUAUUUGCAGCAAGAGUGGAAAACAAGUCUUUACAGAGGAAAAUAAACGGCUGCUCAUGGAAACAAUGGGUUGGGGGAAAACAGCAAAGCCUUUAUGGAUCUUACUAAAUCUUCCCUUAACUCUGUAAGCCUUAUGGAGCUAAUUGCUGGCUACUAGCAAAUUUCGGGUGCUAGUCUUGCCAAAUGUCCAUCCAUCCCCACCCCUUCUGUGAGAUCCCUGGUUGGAGACUUAUGAUUGUCCAGUGUCUCUUAAUGAGAAUUGGGCACUUAAAUGUUGCCUUUUUUUUUUUUUUUUUGCCUUGUUUGCUAAUUACCUUGUCUUUCCAUCACACUGGCUGGCAGCAUACGAUAGAGGUUGGGAAAGGGUUUCUUGCCCUUUCCCUGCCUUUUGGUUUUUUAAAAAUACCCUCAAUCUGUUUUGAGACCUGCAUUAUAUGUUAUAUUCCAGGGCUAACCUACUAAAAUAAUUGCUCAUUCCUGGACAGUUUCAGCAUCUGAAUCCAGCUGUGGAGUGCAUUUUGCUCGCAGUGGAACAUUUAUUAUCAUUAUGAUUGAACUUUAGGGUGUGUGUAUACACAAAUAUAUGCUGGUUUAAUAAAUGGCAGGUGGCUAUAUGCAGCGCAAGAAGUGGGGCAAGAUUGGAUUGACAGACUUCCUUUGCGUUUGUUAUAUUUUCUUUAUGUCUGUAACAUGUGUUGUGGCUCCAAGUUCACCUUGUGGGUGAAGAACCCACUGUGACCUGCCUGAGAAUGUCAGGUCUGUCUUCUCUUUAAGGCAGAACUAAACAAACAAAAAAGACUUGGUAAGAGUAUGCUGUUUUGAAGAAAUGUCAUGCGUAGAAUUUUGUCUGUCAUACUUACCCUGAAAACUGCAAUUGCUGCAUAAGAUGAUAGCCAUUAUGUGCUACAGAUACAUUUUCUGAUUUUUAUUUUAGGGGUUUUUUUGGUGUUUGUAUAAUUUUUGUUACUCAUGAGACCUGAUAACAUUGGAUUUGUUGUAACAAAAAGAAACCCCUUGAUGACCUAUUCCAGGGGGUCAGCAAACUUUUUCACCAGGGGGGCGGUCCACUGUCCCUCAGACCUUGUCAGGGGCCGAACUAUAUUUUGAAGAAAAAAAUGAACAAAUUCCUAUGCCCCACAUGUAACCAAGUGAUGCAUUUUAAAUAAAAGGACACAUUCUACUCAUGUAAAAACAUGCUGAUUCCCGGACUGUCCGCAGGCCGGAAUUUGAAGGCGAUUGGGCCGGAUCCGGCCCCCAGGCCUUAGUUUGCCUACCCAUGACUUAUUCGCUUGAGCCCACAGUAUGGGCUGGUUUCAUAACUCUGGUUGUUAUUUGGAACAGCACAAUAUAAGGAAAGAGCCAACGUUGGAAAACUAUAAUAAAAGCAUUGAUUUUAAAGCAGGGUUAGAAACACAGAUAUAUAAGCUAGGCGCCAAAUGGCUUCCUAAACCAAGGUUACAGUCAUCAAAACAGAAUGUCUAGUUGCCAUUUUUGGACAAUAUGGCUCUAAACCCUUAUUUUUCAAAUGACGGACUGACUGUGACAUCUGUCUAGUUCAGAUGACCAUCUUGAGCUAGGUUAAGAACUUUGAGAACUUAAAGAAGAAAAGUCACUGGAUCCAGGGACAGUCUGCAUACACACCCACACACCCACACUUAUUUCUGCCUGUUUUUCUUAAUGGUGACAUGGGCCAUUCAUAACGUAGGGAUAUUCUUCACAACUGUGAGCAGGACAGUGGGGUGGGUUAAGUGAAGACAAGCUACAACAAUUAACUAUAACGUUGUUCACAGCUCCUGCUCAGACUGCACAAAAAAGCUUUUUGGUUCCUGAAAUUCAUUCCAAUUGUGCAGAAAAAAUAUAACUGAUAGAUCUCUACAGGAUGGGGUAUUAGUGUGUGAAAACAGUCAAGAUCCAGUGAUUCCCAGGCGUGCAUCUCCAGAUGGUGGAGAUGUCAAGCACCAUCCUGAUGCCCAGGCAUCUUCACUUGGUCACAAGUGAGAGGCUUGCUUGGUAUUCUUAUGGUUUUUUUGUUUGGUUUUUUUUGUCAUCAAAGACCUUUUUACUUGCCCAGGAUUUUUAAAUAGAUUUACAGUGGUACCUAGGGUUAAGUACUUAAUUCGUUCUGGAGGUCCGUUCUUAACCUUAAACUGUUCUUAACCUGAAGCACCACUUUAGCUAAUGGGGCCUCCUGCUGCUGUCGCGCCGCCAGAGCAUGAUUUCUGUUCUCAUCCUGAAGCAAAAUUCUUAACCCGAGGUACUAUUUCUGGGUUAGCGGAGUCUGUAACCUGAAGCGUCUGUAACCUCAAGCGUAUGUAACCCGAGGUACCACUGUACUGAUGGGCUGUAGUUGUAACAGCCACAUAGACUGUUUCUCUGUAUGAAUGUUCCUUUUGUCUUUUUUUAAAGAAAUGUUUGUUUACUGAGGCUUUCAAUUAAGUGUUGACAAAACAGAUCAUGUAAGAAAAUGAUAACAUAAACAUGCACAUAAACUGAAACAUAAAUUAACCCCCAGAUUCUUGUGAUUUGAUUGUUUUUAAAUAUGUUGAUGGUUGCAGAUUUUUAUUUGAACUUCAGCUGAAACCUACAAUCCUGCCUCACUGUUAAAAAAAAAUCCUUAUAUAAUGAUUUUUAUUCAGUUCUGCUCUGUAAGAAUUUGUACAUUACAGAUUAAUAGGACAUUUUUGGUUAACACAGUGUUUCACAUCAAAUAUAUUACUUGAAUAUCUGGAUUCAAAUUAAUAUUGUUUGAUGAAAUUCAGUCUCUUCUCUCCCCCACAUCCCCCCAGAUUCAGUCCGCGAUGGCACUGCUGUUAACACCAGAGACCUCAGCAAAAAUAUAUAGUAAACUGUCAGGUGCUAACCUUAAAGAUCAUUGUGCCUUUUUAGAUAAAACAAGUUUGACAACUUGGGCAGCAAAUCUUAAUAUUCCAUGAGUACCUGACAUUUCCCAUCAUCCUUGUGAAGACAAUUAAACAAAGCCAUUCAUUGUUCAGAAAUGAUUCUUGGUCAAGUGUUGGAUUAGGAAAAAAUGAGAAAAGGGUUCCCAAAGGCACUUGAAGGCUUAGGUGAUGUGCCUUGUUAUACGACAUCCAACAUAACCAUCAUGAUAGUGUCAUACUAUACAUGUCUACUUAGAAGGAAGUCCCACUGAAUACAGUGAGGCUAAUUCUCAGACUAGUGGGUAUAGGAUUUUACCCACAAAGGCCUUGAGCCUGUGCCCACUUGUGAGCAUGUUAGUUAGUUAGUUUCUAAAAAAAGCAACAACACUUACAUGCAUAGAAUCAAAUGCAGGAUUGAGGGUUUCUGAUGACCUUUCAGGGCUUGUCCAUAUAUGAACAUUAUUAAGCUACGUUUCCACAAUUCCCAUGUUCGAAUUAGACCAGAGUAGCCAGACGCGGCUUAGUUAUGCUGGCCACAUGACCCGGAAAAACUGUCCGCGGACAAACGUCGGCUCCCUCGACCAGUAAAGCAAGAUGAGUGCCACAACCCCAGAGUUAUUCACAACUGGACUUAACUGUCAGGGGUCCUUUACCUUUUUUAGCCCAGUAUUUGAAUUUGUGUAUAAGGAGUAGGAAAUUUGGGGCUUUCCCAUACAUACCAGUAGACGUUCCCUUUUCCGUUUGUCCCUGCCUUCAGAUUUGUUGAUCCUAUAAUGACAAAAGGGGAAAUAGCUGUGUAUGCACCUUGUGGUUUUUUUUAAGUUUCCCCACCCAAGAAGUGUGCAAGAGAUACUUGUACAUUUGCUUGUGCCGUUCUCCAGUUUUGUUCAAAUCUGAGACUCCUGGUGGGACCUUACCAACAUGCUGGAAAAGAAACUUGUGCUGACCUAGGAAAUCCUAGUACUGACCUAGGAACUUACAAGUAGAUGCCUCAGCCUAUUCACAUGUAACAGAGUGCAGUUGGUUAGUUGCAAGGUUUCCUGAUAGAUGAGGAUAAAGGAUGGAACGGACCCUUUAUCCUUUCAGACAGGGACGAAAGCUGCAAAGCUCAGCUCACUUUUAGGGACUCUUCCAGGUUGGUUUGAGUAGCACCUGCUCCUUUUGACAAUGUUCAUAUUCAGCAGGUAAAGGGGAUUGACACCUUUUGGAGGCGAGAGGGGAUACUAGGCACCCUCUGGGUAGACAUAAAUAUAUAUCACUGGGAUUUUCCAAAUUUCCUGCCAGACAGCACAUUUCCUGAGGUUUGUGUUUUCAGGAGCUGUUUGCAUACAUGCUAUCCUUCACUUGCAGAAAAUGGAGGGGCACGGGAGCAGGCUUUUUCUGUCACAGUGUGAACUAUGCAGAUGAAACGGGAACACACAAACAAUCACUCAUUUUAGUUUUUAAAAGCAUAGUGGGUUUUAGCGGCAGAUAGAUGCUGUUUAGAUAAAUCUUGUCAAAAUGGCACAAAUCUUUAAGGGAUGGUAAUUUACUGCCCAAACAGCCUACCUGAAGUUAUUCUGGAAUUGCUUUACUGAAGACAUAUGAUAUAGAUUGAGCAGAAACAUCCAGGCUGAAAAAGUAUUACCUAUUUUCUAAGAUUAUUAUGACCUGUUCCAGCCUAAUCCAAUGGUCAGGGCUCAUUGAGUUCAUCUUUGGUUCUUGAAUUUCUGCAAAGCAAUUUCCUUGUAGCAGUCUGGGAAGUGUCUACUGCAACUUGCCAUAUGUUAAGAUUGUUUAUUAUUUAUUUAAAAUAUUUGUGUGGUGCCUUUCCUUAUAAAAAUUCAAGGUGGAUCACAAAGAAGAAGAAGAAAAAAAAUAUAUAUAAAUGAAAUUUAAAAUUACAGCUUUGCUUUGUCCGGUAAUCACAGUGAUGCCAUUAACACUUUAAAUAAUGUUUAACUUUUGCAGUCGCUUAGGGACCUCAUUGUAAUCGCUGAUGAAGAAGAAUGGGUCUAGUUUAUUUUAUCACAAACAUCAAAGCACAAAUGAAAAAAUAUGUUAAUCCAGAGGACAGAGGAUACGAAAUAUCUGAAGGCAAUCCACAUCAUCUUAUAUUACAGUUUUUGUUAGGAAAGUAAACCUACAACUUAGUAGGUGACAGACAUAAUGUUCGAAGUCUUAGUCCUGACCUAUUGGAGAGUCGGGCAGGGGUGUGUCACGCAGCUUCUGGCGUUCUCAGCAUUUCCAAAUCUAAUUGACAAAGAGAUGUUUAUAGGGCAUUCCUCCUAUCCACCGCAAUGCAGAUCAAUCAAUGGAGCCAACCAAGGCACCAUCUGGAUUAUUCUGUUGAAUGACUCAGUUAUACAAGUUGGCCAACUUCAGCCAACCACCUGUUUGCUUUAUUCUUGUCUGUCUCGGCUUAUUAAAUAUAGUAGAAGGGGGGGGUGUCCAGUUAUGUCCAUUGAGAGACAUGGUGGCCCAUGUGGGCUUUAAGGAGGCUGUGGUAUGACCACAUCUGUAGAAACCUGUAUUGGACCUUGAAGGUUUGAAAAAGCUACUGGCUGGUGUUUAACAUUCCCUUCCUGGGCAAGGUGCUCAAGCAGUUAGAUCUUGGUCAGCGCCAGGCAUUCUUAGAUAAGACUCAUACUUCUAAAUAAUUUCAGGCUUAGUUUUGACGCAGAACAUGCUAUAGUUACCCUGUGGGAGGACCAUUGCUGGGAAAGAAAUGCUGUGUGUGUCCUAUUUCUCCUGGAUGUCUCAGCAGAUAUCGAUACCGUCAACCAUGGUAUGCUUCUAGGUAGGUUGCCUAAGUUACAGAAUUCCUAUGCAGACGAGCAAUUUUAGAAUGUAGUGCUGGAGUAAUAACUGCUUGAGUCCUCAAGGCUGCACCUUGAUCCUUUUUUUUCCACUGGAAAGCUCAGGUUCCUUAUUUGGCUUGGUUUUGCCAAGGUAGGCUUGUGUAUCAACUAUGACUCUACGUAGACAGGGUUAGCUUGGCUUCAGUUAUCAAAGCUCCUGUUUGGUCUACUGUAACACAUUUUGUGUGGAGGAGCCUUUGAGUAUAGUCCAGGAAGUUCAUAGAGUUGUGUACAUGAUUGCUGGAACUGGGUAGUAUGAGAAUAUCACACUGGUAAUUUCCCAUGCGCUUCUCAGUUUGUUUCCAGGCCAAAUUCAGUCUGCUGAUUUAGACCUUUGUGGCUUGGGACCAGUGUACCAGAAGAAUCCCUGUUCUCCAUAUGCACAUACCCUAACUUUAAAAUCUUCAACAAAAGCCCUUCUCUGGGGGGUCUUAGUGGGCUGACUACUAGAUAAAGGGCCUUUUGGGUGGUGGCACCCUGGCUGCGGAAAGCCUUGUCCAAAGAGGCUUGCCUAGUACUUACCUUGCUAGGCAAACACAUUUUAUUUCCCCAGGCCUUUUCAUAGAUUGUGGCUUUAAUGUAGUUCUGUCUGAGAUGUGGUGUUUAUGCUGAUCGUAAGCAUUAAAAAUAAAAUAAAAUUCAAUGUACCUUUUAAGUUGUUUCAAUAUUUGUAGCAAACUGCCCACCUAAGAGCAUGGUUAUAGCAUAGCAUAAAUUAUUUUAAAUAAAUGUGACCUAUAAUUUGGUGCUAACAUUUUCAUCAUGCAGACUCACGGGCCCAACCACUCCCACAAGCACUGUAUCAGAAGCAGUGUGUCCCCACACUGCCCAACAACAGUUGCUCCCCAACAGAUUCAUUGGAGGUUAAUAACGUGCAUUGCUUUGCUGUCCUAUCUGUCUUCCAGGUAAUGCUGAGUAAUUUGUUUGGAAUGUUAGGUCGCUGUGUGCUUCAGUGAUGAUAAUAUCGGGAAACCUGAAAACGUUUCCCUUCUGACCUUGUUUUUUUUUUUUAGAUGCAGAGCAGCAUCUUAAAAGGUUGAUCAGGCUUGCUGAAUUCCAUCUCCUUAUAUGAUUGAUGUUCGCCUCUGUUGUUUGACACUCGCAAGAGCUGCUGCUGUGUCAACACUUGCUCCAGUGCAUGGUAGUCAGUAUCCCUGUUCCUGCUUGGUAUCCUGAGGCGCAUGUGAGAGCUUCAGAACGCAUGCAAUUUUUCAGUUAAAUGCUGUGGGGUUUUUUUUGUCAUAUUGCCGUGCCAGUGCAAGAAGAUCCUGGACUUUGUUGAUGUAUAAGACUGUCUGUAUUGUUGCCAUGCAACCCUUCUGCCCACAUAGCAUGUCUACUUCUAUUGUGUGUGUGUAUUCGCAUCACAUUUUAAAAAAUACAGUUCAGGGUUACCCUGAGCUGUUGCACUGGUACAAUAGCCUGGGUCAGUGGUUUUCAACCAGUGUGCCAUGACACCCUGGCGUGCCUUGAAUGAUGGUCAGGGGUGCUGCAGGCCACACUGACCUCUGCCCCCCUUUCCUUCCUUUCUUCCCUCCUCUGAUGCCCUCUCACAUUUCUGCCUCCCCAAGGCUUGCAUAGCUGUUUGUUGUAGCAGCCCUGGCUGCAAGCUUCUGGUGCCUCUGGGGCUGGCCAGGGAGUGCUGAUUGCCAGGAGCUGACGCAGCCCUGGAGUAAGCAAGUAAGUGGGCAAGGGAGCCCAGGCAGCCAGUCCACCAGUACUUGCUGUUGGGCACAGACGGACAAGUGGGAGGCCGGGUGGGCAGGCGCUGCACUGGCCUUUCUUGUGCUUGCUGUGUGCAAGGCCUGCUGAAGGGGAGCCUUUCCGCCAUGCAGGCCUAACAGCGCCCGCUGCUGCCCCUGCUGCCUCCCAAGGUAAGGUGUUGGCCUCAUGUUCACCUUUGACCAGUCUGUUAGGCCACUAAGGCUGGGGGCAUCCUCUUCCCAGGCCCUUGGGGGGGCAGUGUGAGGAGGCACCUCUCUUUGGGGCAGAGUGGGGGAAGCUUAGAGACCAGGGGCGGUGGCGGCUGCUGCCCAGAGGACUCCCAAGGAGAGGGGAGAGGAGAGGAGGCUGAGGGAACACUGCACAAAGGGGUGAGAGGCUGCCACCUCUGCAGGCAAGGGGUGACAUAACUGGGCUCCUGAGCCCCACAGAGGUGCUGCAGAAAGAAUGUGGUUGGUCAAGGGAACUGUGGACUCAAAGGUUGAAAACUUCUGGCCUGGGUGAUUUGUAGCCCUGGGGCAAUACCUUGCAUUGUGUUCCUUUUCAUUCACUUUUCUUUCUCAUCAAGAGUUAAAACUGUAGGCGGAAGGUAGAUCAGGUAGAUCUACUGUCAGAUCUCUGGUAGCUUAUAAGUGCUUCUCUCUUGUACCUGGCUCCAGUUGGUGAACCUGGGGGGUUCUAGCAGAAAACACAACAGAUCCUGCAAGACUGAAAUUUGCCCGGUGCGGCUGAUAUUUCCCAGUUGGAAGUAUCUUGUAGGGAGCGACAGUAACUCUAAGGAAAAGGUCUGCAUUAACCUGAUAAGACUUUCUCAUUUCCGAGAUGCGGACACAGUCUGGAGCAAAAAGGAGAUAUGCAAAGGUCCAGCUGGGUUUCUUUUCACUGAAGCUUUUCAGUUAUUGCUUUCCUUAAAAAAAAAAAAAAAUGCUGAUCUGUCUUAACUAUUGCAAAAGGAUGCAUGUAAACAUCAUCAUGCAGAGGUUGGGAGGCGAUGCAUGUUUAAAAUAAUUGGACUACUUCUGAAGGUUUUAUUCCCUAAGUUUUGUCACUUGGGGGGCGAAAGCCCUUAUUUCAAAAGUGAAUGGAACUUCAAGGGCUUCUGAAGCCACUGUGUUCUACUUUUAAUGUGCUAAUGUUCUUAAUUCUUUGAGCCUAGAGGGGAUUCUGCACACUGGCCCUGUUUCUCUCUUGCUGUACCUGAAAUCUGGAAACUUCACCGUAUAUCUGGGCUUGAAUUCCAAAACAGUGAGAAUUUCUCACUCCCAGGAAGCUAUAAUAUUGCCAUAAUGUGUUAUACGAUGGAGUUCUAGUACAAAAGCAUGUGAACAGACACAGACCUCAAAAAAGAGUUGAAUGUUUGAUUUCCACCAAAAGCUGUUCCCCAGUUCCAUGUAACACAUGGCUGGCAAACGCUCACAGGGUAUAGAUAAAAAAAAAUAAGAGUUGAUUUGAUCUGCCUCCCGAUUCAUGUUCCCUGUGGAUGCUUAUGAUCGCCUCCUCACUUCUUAAAGUAGCAUAACACUACCUAUAUUGACGUAGGAGGUCUGCUGCCUUAGGGAAGUCCAGGCAAUAAGGUUGAUUCCCCCAAAUGUGCCACUCCACAAUAAACGUCCUUACUUGCCUUUCUACUAAAAGGCAGUAGCUUUCUAGGCUUGAAGAGGGAUCUGUGAUAGUGUAAGGAUAUUGUAGACUUUUUCUGCAACAUGACUCGCAGAUUGUGGGAGCUGUUACAGGUAGGGGCAUUGCUCCAGCAGGGGACGUCACCCCAGCUAGAACCCUUAACCUGUUUUUUAGGUUAUGGGUUAUGUUUGAUGCAGUGAACAGUGAUGAAGCAGAAAUUAGAAGUACUAGGCAGCGCUUCUGAGAUCAGACAAGGGUUGCCAUAUUUCAAGAGGUAAAAACCCAGACAAAAAGUGAUAGCCCCGAACCCAUGCCAGAGCCACCCGUUCACAAUUUUUUUAUUUUUUAAAAACCAGGACAUUUGCUUUAAAAUUCCCCCCGGAUGGGCAUGUAGGACCCCCAAAAGAGGACAUACCCAGGAAUUCCCGGACGUAUAGCAACCCUAUAUGUGGUCAUGACCAUAGGCAGAGCUCUGUAGCUCUGUUGCAGCAGCUAUCUUCUGAACUCAUUCCUGAGAAAACACCAAGCAGAGCUGAAUCGUCCAUUCUGUUUAGACGGCCCCGAUGGCUAAACUGUGGAAGCCAGCUGGUCUCCUUGAGCAGCUUUCAACUGAGGAUGAAUUCUCUUCAGUGAAUGGUGGCUUUUCCCUCUCAAGGCUUCCAUCUGCUCUGGAAUGUUUGCAUGACACGUUUACUUCUGCAGUUGCAUAACUCCAAGGAGGCAGGGUAAAGAUGUAAAUGUUACACUGGGGUAACUGCUUUCCUUGGAAGGUGAGUGUAGUUCAGUGUUUGCCACGAGGGAGCCUUCUGAAGUAAGCACAUAAUGCAUAAUAAAGCCAAGGAAUCCAUUGUCACAAAACGCUAUGGAUGCCCAUUAGCCAAAAUUGGCCUUUUAAAAUAGCACUGCAUUGACUUUCAUUUAGAAAAUAGUUGUGUAUGUAACUUUAGAAGAUGCCUUGGCCUCUCUACUUGGUUGCCUGAAAGUGUAGUUAUAAUGGUGGAGUUUCUAUAGUCACACACUAAGCAUUGUAUGUAUUGCUUCUCACCUUAGAUGCGCAUAAAAGAGUUCAUUGCCAUACUAUCCCAUUGCAGAAAAGUUCCAUUUCACUGUGGUUUCUAUUUAAGGACUGGUUUGUCCUGUCAGUGAUAGCCUCCUGUUGUGGUGCUACAGUCAUUGGAGUUUUGUCCUAAGUGCUUAGAAUUCCCUCUGCAUGUAGGGGACUCAAAAUGUAACUGCUAGAGGCGUUAUUUGCAGGGUAUGGUCUGAAGACAUAUAAUGCUGUUUACUGAAGUUAAGUGGGUCUGGUCAGUGCCUAGAUAGGAAACUACAUGGGAAAUACUUCUACAGUGGUACCUCGCAAGACGAAUGCCUCGCAAGACGAAAAACGCGCAAGACGAAAGAGUUUUUCGUUUUUUGAGUUGCUUCGCAAGACGAAUUUCCCUAUGGGCUUGCCUCGCAAGACGAAAACGUCUUGCGAGUUUGUUUCCUUUUUCUUAAAAAUGUUAAUACCCAGGGUAACCAUGCUUCGCAAGACGAAAAAUUCGCAAGACGAAAAAACUUGCAGAACGAAUUAAUUUCGUCUUGCGAGGCACCACUGUACAUCACAAGUUCCAUCAUGGAAGAAAGGCAGAAUAGGAAUAAGUAAGAGUUUUGUAAAUUUAUAAAUUCCUGGGGGCGGUGGUUUGUUUUUUGUUUUUUUUUGCUUUUAUGUCACAGAUAUACAGAUGGCUGGCAGCUGUGUGCAGAGAGAUGCACUAAAAUAAAGUUUGUGGGCAGGUAAUCUUUGUGGAUGUGCACUAGUCCUGUUUUCACAGAGGAUCCUUGUCCAGUUCCUUAGAUUAAGAGGGAAUGAACAUCACAAAGAACAGAGCUUUGGGCAGAUCCUUGUUGUAACUCAGCAUGGCAAUUCAUAAGUUUUCCAAUAAAGAAAGAGGAUGUGUUGCCAGUGUUCAGUUAGUACUUGCGUGCCCUUUAGACAUAGCUCUAGCUGAGUGUGAGCUACUUUUCCGUUAGAAGAUUCCACAUGGCUCAGGACUGUGCCUGAGUGACACAUGCAGUCCACCCUGCCCAAAUGCUUCCAUUAUUCCAACACAGAACCCAGUUCCCUGGGACCUUUUCCCACUGGGGUUUAGAAGAUAUGUGAGUAACUAGCUCAAGGGAAUCAAUGUGGCUCCUGUGUCCUUUUCAUGCCAAAAUUAAACAAGAAGUGUGUUUCUAGGAUUCAGAUACCAAUAGCUGAAUCAUUAGGUGAACGUAAUUUCUUAAAUGUCUAUAAUGGGAAUGAUCAGAACAGCACAAACGUCCAUUAUAGAGCCAUAAAGUCCUGGGACUAGAAUAUUGAAUGAAGAGAGGAAUGGCUCAAACUGCUUCGUAACUAGCUAGAAUUGCCAGUUUCUAUUCACCCUAUUUUUACGGAGCGUCUAGUUGACAGUGUUGUCAAAUUAUUGCAGCCUGGUGAGGGGUUUUUUGUCCAUAACCUAUUUGUGGAGGCAGCUUUGUUUCUUGUUUGUGAUAAAACAAAAUUGCAGCACCAGCUUGUAAUAGCACCAGCUUGUCCAGUGUUGCACAGCAUGUGGAGAGGCAUACAACUACAUACAUUUCAUUAAUUGAUGGAAGAUCGAAGGUUGACUUCCACAUUUAUUUAUUUAUAAUAUACUAAAGGUAAAGGGACCCCUGACCACUAGGUCCAGUCGUGACCGACGCUGGGGUUGCGGUGCUCAUCUCGCUUUAUUGGCCGAGGGAUCUGUCGUACAGCUUUCGGGUCAUGUGGCCAGCAUGACUAAGCUGCUUCUGGCGAACCAGAGCAGCACAUGGAAACACCGUUUACCUUCCCGCCGGAGCGGUACCUUUUUAUCUACUUGCCCUUUGACGUGCUUUCGAACUGCUAGGUUGGCAGGAGCUGGGACAGAGCAACAGGAGCUCACCCCAUCGCAGGGAUUCGAACCAUUGACCUUCUGAUCAGCAAGCCCUAGGCUCUGUGGUUUAACCCACAGCGCCACCUGCGUCCCUUAUAAUAUAUUGCUUCCCAUUAAAAAAAAAGAAAAGAAAAUACAAGGCGGUUAAAAAAACUACUACAAUAAAUUAAAAUUACAGUAGAAAAUAGUGCAACAGCUUUAAUAAAACCAACCCAAGGUCACAACAAAUAUUGAAGGCAAGCGGAGGACUUACUUCCCCAUAUAAGAUUCAGAUAAGCACUGAUUUGGGUAUGGUAGAGAAUCUCAUACCAUAAUCCACUAAAUCUGAAUGGCACGUAGUUGGGGCAGGGUGAACAUGAGGUUAGGUCUAUGUGGCUGCACUAGUGGAAGCAAUCUGGCACGCUUACAAGGGCAGCUGUACAGGUUUGACCCCACUGCUGCCCAAUCCCUGCCUCUACGUUGUUAAGGUAAGUGCCAUUGACCCAGUUGUCAGGAGGAUGAGUCUAUGGCACUACCCCACCACGCUGGCUGUUCUCGUAUUUCCCCUCUGCUUUACUCUUCUUGCGGAGAAAAGAGCUGCAAUUGCACACUUCUCAUAGCAUCAAAGCCCUCUCUUUCCUCCCUGCUGCUCCCUGCCGAACAGCUGAUGGGCAGGACGAGACCCAUAGGCUCAAAUGGCUGUAGGCAGUAUCAAGGUUGCAGGAAGGGGUUCCCCAACCUGCUAUAUAGAAGGUAAAGGGACCCCUGACCAUUAGGUCCAGUCGUGACCGACUCUGGGGUUGCGGUGCUCAUCUUGCUUUAUUGGCCGAGGGAGCCGGUGUACAGCUUCUGGGUCAUGUGGCCAGCAUGACUAAGCCACUUCUGGCGAACCAGAGCAGCGCACGUAAACACCGUUUACCUUCCCGCCGGAGUGGUACUUAUUUAUCUACUUGCACUUUGACGUGCUUUCGAACUACUAGGUUGGCAGGAGCAGGGACUGAGCAAUGGGAGCUCACCCCAUUGCGGGGAUUUGAACCGCCGACCUUCUGAUCAGCAAGUCCUAGGCUCUGUGGUUUAACCCACAGCGCCACCCACGUCCCUAACCUGCUAUAUAGCGGCCACUUUAAAACUUCUUACGUGACUACUCCAACCAUACUGAGAGUCAGCUUGUUGAGUGACUUCUUAAGCAAGGGUUACGGCCAACCGGAAAUGUGAUUCAACAAGAGAAAGUACUUCUUUGGACCAUGCAUGCUUUCAACCAUGGUAUUUUGCUGCCAUAAGAUGUGAUGAUGGCUGCUAACUUUGAUAACUUCAAACAGGAGUGAGACGAAUUCACAAGGGAUAAGACUCUAGUCAUAAUUGCUGUUUCCUUUGUCCUGAAUAAGAGGCAGCAUGCCUCUGAAGACCAGCUUCUCUGAAACAAAAGCAGGAGAGGACCGUUCCACUUCUUUCCUGCUUUUGGGCUUCCCAUAAGCACUCUGGGAAGUGGGCUGAGCCUUUGGUCGGAUGCAGCCGAGCUCUUAUCGUAAGUUUGGGUUGAUAUGUUUGGCUUAACACCCUGGUUGUGGACUCUCAUUCGUGAUGGGGAGUUUUUCAAGCAUUCACCAUGUCGUAAGCAGUGGCUUGAUUCUGUCCUUAAAAAAGUAAAGGUACCCUGCCCGUACGGGCCAGUCUUGACAGAGUCUAGGGUUGUGCGCUCAUCUCACUCUAUAGGCCGGGAGCCAGCGCUGUCCGCAGACACUUCCGGGUCACGUGGCCAGCGUGACAAGCUGCAUCUGGCGAGCCAGCGCAGCACACGGAACGCCGUUUACCUUCCCGCUGGUAAGCGGUCCCUGUUUAUCUACUUGCACCUGGGGGUGCUUUCGAACUGCUAGGUUGGCAGGCGCUGGGACCGAACGACGGGAGUGCACCCCGCCACGGGGAUUCGAACCGCCGACCAUACGAUCGGCAAGUCCUAGGCGCUGAGGUUUCACCCACAGCACCCCCCGCGUCCCUUGAUUCUGUCCUUAGUCUGUACAUUAAUGGAGGUAGAGAUUGACUGUGUGUCCUUACGCUUUCUAAUAACGUUGGAGCUUUUUGCUUUCAAGCGUACUUCCCUUAAUAACUUUACAGUAUGCUGUUAAUCCAUUUGGUCCUGCACUUUUCACGCUUGCUUUUUUUAAAAAAAAUAUGCCUCUUCCCAGACCUGAGACCUUGAGUUACCAUAAACACCUCCUUCCACCACCCCCACCUGGUUAUCGGUUAGAAAGGCUUGCUUUGAAAAAGUCAAAGAACCAUUGGCCUAAACCAUUUGCUACUGAUGGGGUGGGUGAGUUAAAAACUCCCCAUGGUAAGGGAUAUACUUUUUAUACUUGGGAAUUUACUUCCUGAUAUUAACCUAAACCUAGCUGCAGUUGAGUAUCGUUCUCCUUUGCCUUUGUCUUCCGUAUUUGGAAGCUAUCCUAGGAUCCAUCAACGUCCUCACUUUGCAUUCAGAUGUAAGUACAUCACUUGACUUUUCCCCAGAGAACUUGCAUUCUUCCUUCCUCUUUAUACUAAUUCUUUGUUUCCCCUGUGUUCUGCGAACUGCACCUAAAUUAGAUCCUUAAGCCAAAAUAUAUCUCGGGAAAUUGUUGCUCUUAAUUGUUUUUUCCCAGUGAGUUCUCAUUUAUGAGCUUACUGGUAGUCAAUUACAGUGUGAAUUCAAAGUGGUAAAACUUGUGGUUGUUUGCACUUAUUUUUAUUUUUUUAAAAAAAACAUUAAGUGUAAUGGGGGGAAGGCAUUUGAAUGUAUAAAAUGUUCAUAAUAUGUUCAUUAUCUCUGUGGGGUGCUAAGUACCAAGAUAUAUACUGUUAUUCCAGUCUGAGCUUUGAAAAUGCCUGUUUCUUGACUGCUCAGUGAUGCGAUGUGUCGGUUUUCAGUCUCAUUUUCCAAAGAACGAUUGCUUUUCAUUGAUAAAAGCUGCACUUCUGGAUUUGGGGCUCAGAAUUACCUGUGUGCUGUACCUUCUACACACCAGCAUCAGUUUUAGUUCAGACUGAACCCAGAAGAGCGGAUGACAGCAGAGAGUCUGUUUUAUUGAAAAUGAAUUGCAUUGGACAGUUGUUACUGUACCUUGCCACUGAAGGAUUCAAAUUUAGCAGUGGCCUGUGGCCACUUGUGUUCUAGACCAAUGAAGUUUGAAUCUGGUCUUGCCUCAUCAGAUGUAAGACUGACAGCUGCUCCUUCCUUGCAACCUUUUGAAGCAGUGUUUAGCUUCUGUUUCGUGAACUAACACCGUUUGACAGCCUCCUCCUUUAAAGGGCAGCUGAAUACAGACACAAUGACAGAAAACCCUACCGAAAUUAACUGCAUGGGCCCCACUUUAUGAGUUAUUUGCUGGUGUGUGUGUAUGUAUAUAUAUACAUAUACAUAUAUAUAUAUGCCCUGCCUUUUAUUUCCAGUAAAAUGGGUGCGUAUGUGUCAAAAGUAGCUUUUCUCUUUCUUUGUUGCCAAGCCACAAAUUGGAAGACUUGCACUCCCAGGUUAUCAUCUGAUAUCGUAUUGGUUAUAUAUAUAAUAUUGAUAAAGAUAUAGGCUGGAUUAAAAAAAAUAUAUUGGUAAAAUGUUAGGAGACAAAUUGGAUUUUUUAAACACUCAUUAAAAUACUUCCAUGGCAAUGAUCCAUGAUUAUAUUGGUAUAGGAAACUGCCUUACUCUGAGUCAGACCAUUGAUCAAUCUAACUCAGUAUUGACUAGCACUGAUUGGCGGCUGCUUUCCAGGGCUUCAGAGAGGAGAUUUCCCAGCCCUUCCUGAGAAGGCUGGAGAUUUAACCUGGGAUCUUUUGCAUACAUUUCAAAUGCUCUGCCAGUGAAUUAUGGCCCUUUGCCAUUGUGGCCUCAGUCCUGAAAAGUAGUUUAGUUAAAUUUUGUAUUUUAGGAUGUGCAACCAGGGAGUGGGUUGGGAUCUCACCAAAAGGUUCCUGCUUUGGUUUAUAGCUGCUGUUCUGAUAGACCUUUGUCUCUUUUUCUUUAGAAGAGUGUUGUAAAGAUGGAUAUAGAGGACUGCAAUGGACGCUCUUACAUAUCCGGUAUGUUCUCAUUUUGCUUUUCACAGAUCUCGAUUUGUUUAUUUUUGUUUUUAGAUGCCGUUUUGUCUUUAAUACAUAGUGCAAAAGACAGGAUAGGAUUUCUGCAUUUUGGUCACAAUAAACUUUUGGUUCGGCACUGGAAUAUUCAGCAUGCCUCAGGUUUUGAGGAGCAACAUGGUCCCGUCCCCCCCCAGCUUCCUGACAUGACCUGCCUUCUUAGAUAGAUGCACCCUUGGGCAGCUACUUCCAGCAUUUUCGUCUUGCUUCAAGAUCUCAGGGGUGGACACGGGAGAAUAGCCUCCUCCCCACCUUUCAGUCUCUUACCAGUGAUAGUUGCUCCAUGGACUUGACUGGUGAUGGAGUCAUCACCUAAGGGAGUGUAACAGCCAGCCUCUGUUCUGAUCAGCUGAACAGUGACCUGGCGAUUCAUGGCCUCUGCCCUCCUUACCCAUAUUCAGCUCAGAGCAGUGCUCCAAAGUGCAACUUGAGACAAGAAGCCAUGCCCCGCCAGGUCACUGCACAUUGAUCUUGUGGCAUGCAAUCUUCUCCCUGGCUACAGUUGGCCUGGAGCAACCCUCCAAAUUCAGCUCAACCUCAAAUGGAUGGCCAUGUCUUACUAAGUUACUGUUCGGUGCCUGCGAAAAAUGCUAGAGCUCUGUAUUUGCCCACCUGCCAAAUUCGGCAGGUGUUUUAGCUGUUAAAUAUACCUGAGACUUGCAACAUAGUUAAGACUCACACGCACAGCAAUUAAAUCAGUUUGAGGAUAUUUGAUUCAUCAAAAAUUUAGAGCAAAUCCUUACGUAUCAUACUGAAGGAAAAGCGAACUUUUGGCAUCCCUUUAAAUUCCAUCUGUUUCUGCUUGUUUCAGUUAGCUUGACCAUAGGCAGUAUUUUUGUGUGAUGACUGUUUCAUUAAAUAUGAGUACAGAAAGAGUUUGGCGAUUGAUAGUAAAAUUGUUUCACUUAAUAUGGUGGUUACCUUACAGCUGGGAAAGAUAAUUGGAAAAGUUUCUUCCAAUUAAUCCUUAAGCAUAGUUGGAUGCUUCUACCUUAUUUAAAAUAUACCUUAUUUAAAAUAUCUUGUCCCCGAUCACAUUCUCUUUCAGAAGAUAAGUAGGGCUAAGUUAUAGUCCCACUCCAUUCUGCCUUGGUCAUACAACACCUGGAGUACUGUGUACAGUUCUGGGCACCACAAUUUAAGAAGGAUAUUGACAAGCUGGAACAUGUGCAGAGGAGGGCGACCAAGAUGAUCAAGGGUCUGGAAACCAAACCUUAUGGGGAACGGUUGAGGGAAUAGGUAUGUGUAGCCUGAUAAAGAGGAGACUGAGAGGAGAUGUGAUAAGCAUCUUCAAAUAUCUGAAGGGCUGUCACACGAAGAAUGGAGCAAGCUUUUUUCCCGUAUGCUCCAGAGGCUAGGACUUGAUGGUUUUUGAGCAGAGGUUGGAUGGCCAACUGUCAUGUAUGAUCUAGUUGAGAUUACUGCUUUAGAGGGGGCUGGACUAGAUGACUCUUGGGAUCCCUUCUGACUCUACAGUUCUAUGAUUCUUUAAAGCUAUAAAGGCAGUUGCUACUCAGGAGUGCCAUAUCUGAAGUGCAUUAACUGAGAGUGUUCAAAUUCUUAUUAGCAAUACUAAGUGCAAACUGUAGUAACUUAAAUACAUUUUUCAGAAAAGGGGAAUUGUAGAAUGACCAGGUUAGAACACUUGCCUAACAGCCUGAUCUAGUGAUGUUUCUUUUGAUGGAAAUCAAAUUUCCAGUAAGUAUGCAUAGGAUAGGGAUGCGGGUGGCGCUGUGGGUUAAACCACAGAGCCUAGGACUUGCUGAUCAGAAGGUUGGCGGUUCGAAUCCCCGUGACGGGGUGAGCUCCCGUUGCUCGGUCCCUGCUCCUGCCAACCUAGCAGUUUGAAAGCACGUCAAAAUGCAAGUAGAUAAAUAGGUACAGCUCUGGCGGGAAGGUAAACGGCGUUUCCGUGCACUGCUCUGGUUUGCCAGAAGUGGUUUAGUCAUGCUGGCCACAUGACCCGGAAGCUGUACGCCGGCUCCCUCGGCCAAUAAAGCGAGAUGAGCGCCACAACCCCAGAGUCGGCCACGACUGGACCUAAUGGUCAGGGGUCCCUUUACCUUUACCUUUAUGCAUAGGAUAGGACAGCCUAAUAGAGGAAGGUAGGGAAGGUAGAAAAUAUAUUAGUUGGUUCUGUUUGUAUAACACUCCUAUAGGAUUUAAAUAAUUUACUCAAGCAUUUUUUAAAAACCUCUGAGGGAUUGUUUGUGGUAGACACUAAAAUAAAACCAGACACUGGUUUUGAAGAAAAAGAAGUCAAAAGUGCAUGAUCUUAUUUUGUUGGCUGUUUCUCUUUGGAAGAACAGAGCAUAGAGUCCUCAUUAAACAGGAAAAAACAGAGCCGUGAAGUAAUUAUGAAUGAGGGAAAGAUCAUCAAAGCUACUUUCAUACAAAUACAUUGGUGUAAAUAAACAUAUUGACGGACUACAGUUCAGAGUGGGCCACUGGAAUAGUGAGUUGACUUCUUUGUAUUGAAAGCCCCACUAAAUUGAAGUGAAGGAGUAUGUUUGCUGGGGAUGUAUACCCACCCAAUAAAUGUCAUCCUCUAGCUCAUAGCCAGGUACACCAGCUCAUAUUUUGUCCUGGACAAAGGUUGUUGGUGAAGCUGUAAGUAGCUCAACAGUUAUCCGAGUUACAAGGAGCAGACUGAUCUGAUGGUAGCCAGAAUUGUGAAAUGAUGGCUAGAAUAUGCAACAUGCAAAGGAACAAGACAAUCUCAUUAAGUAACUACAGGAGUUUGGCUCCCGAAACGGUUUGAAAACCAAGGUGCAGCUUCUAAUUGGUUGCAGGAGCUUCCUGCACUCAAUCGAAAGCUGUGUCGGAUGUUCGGCUUCCGAAAAACGUUCGCAAACCAGAACACUCACUUCUGGGUUUGCGGCGUUCAGGAGCCAAGCCAUUCGGUUACAUACACUUCAGGUUACAUACACUUCAGGUUACACGCUCUGCUAACCCAGAAAUAGUGCUUCAGGUUAAGAACUUUGCUUCAGGAUAAGAACAGAAAUCGGGCUCUGGUGGUGCGGCGGCAGCAGGAGGCCCCAUUAGCUAAAGUGGUGCUUCAGGUUAAGAACAGUUUCAGGUUAAGAACAGACCUCCAGAACGAAUUAAGUACUUAACCCGAGGUACCACUGUACUUGUAACAGACACUGUUUGGAUUUAACAGUCUUCAGGAGAUAUAUGCAGUAGUGCCUUGAAGCUUAAAGAUUGUAUAUUUCUUACAUAUCUUUUUAAAAAAACAAAAAACCAGUCACUAUCAGGUGACGUGCAUGUUAUGAGGCUAAGGAUGAAAUAAGAACCUUUGUUCAACUAUAAAAGUGUUGAGAGUGAGGGAAAUCAAUGACCUAUAUGCCACCAAUCGCAGUAAUCAGUAGGCUGUGUCUAACUGUGCAGAAUCAAACGCAUAUUUUGUGUGGCUGGUUUGCAAAAUGCUGCUUUGCCUUUCAUUCUUUAAUGCUGGUAAAUCAUCCAGACCAGUGAAGGCCAAAUUUAUAAUACACCCCAGGAGGAUAGAGUUUGUUAAAAGAGACCUAGUGGGGAUCUGAUUAUGGGAACAGGAUGCAAAGUACUAAUUGUUUUGGAGAAAUCCAUAUUUAGUCAUCGUUUUUUAAAAAAACAACAACCCUAGAGGGCUGUGAGAACAUCCUAUGAUAAUAAAACUGAGAAAUAAAGGUAACUCCAUGGGCUUACGUGUGGUAGGUGUUUUCUUGCUGUGUAUGAAUUCAUAAAGAGAUAUCGUAUAUGCAAUAUUAGAUCCUAAGGAUUGCCAUUCAAGCCAUGGCUGAUAUCCUCUGCAGCCACAGAUGCUGACACAGGGUCAGCAAAGGAUUAUUACCAGUCUGGUUCCUUUCUUUGAAAGCCUUUUCCCCUACAAUGUACAGUCCAGGAGCUACAUAAUCUGAAACAUUUUCAGUCUUAUCUGUUUUUCCCUUUUCUGCUGAGCUCUCGGUUAUGCUUAUGACAUUAGUGUGACAUGCAGAUUGGGAACAGGCUUCUGACAAGGUGAGCAGAGCUAAUCAAGGAAGCCGGUAGAGAUGUUGAUCAGUUUGCCUGUUGAUGGGGAAAUAUUCAAGAGAUAUUCAAUAUUCAAGUGGUCAUUCCUCUUCAGAUGCUUAACUGCCUCUUGUUGUGAGUAUGGUCCUAACCUUUAUGGUGUGAGGACAGUUAUAUUUAGGGAUUUUACUUAACAACAACCUUUCAGACUGAUGCUGUAGAACAUGGAAAAGACUUUUCACCAUUAGUAGGUCCACAAGUAUGCUUUCCAGCUUUCCAGUGGCAGGAGUAAUCUUUUAAUCUGGCAAGAGGUCUAGACUAGAGGCACUCUGAAAGGAGGAAGAGGUCUCACUGCUUUCAGAACGUUUAUAAAGCUCAGCAUGAAUAAGGAAGGAGGCUCUGCCCCCCAAUGGGGUGAGCAGGAGCAAGGGUCGACAGCACCCACAAAUUGUGGCUGACCAAGGCCAGCUGAAAGUUAUGGGCUCCUGUUUUCAGUUCAUUUAAAGCCAAGAAUAUUCUCAGGUUUCUUCAGAUAAUGGGGAAUGCUCCGCGUAAACCCAUUGCCAUCCAUAAGUAAGCCCAUGUGUCUACUCUGAGAAUGACUUGCAUUAACUCAGGGAAUCUGCUCAUCACCUUCUUAGACUUGUUGGCUCAUCCUGUUUCCGAAUGUUGUUGGCUUUUUCUAGGGCAACAAAGCUAGUUACGUUUCCUAGUUUGUUACCCUUUUCCCCAGCUCUCCCCCCCCCUUACUUGAGCUAGAAUUGUACAGUUGUGUACUCCUCCUGUUCUUGUAUAUUCUCAUCAUGGAAAAUAUUAUUGUACGUGUGUUCCAAAUGAGGAAAAGAGAUGGAACUUUAGGUUAGGAAGUGCAAUUGUGGGUGCUCUCUUUUUUAUUUGAAAAACUGUCAGAGAUCUAGACCGUGGGGAGCUCCGAAAAAUUAAUAAUUAUAAUUUGGACUAUAAUUUAGUCUUUUUAAUUUUAGUUUUUUAUUUUAAUUGGAGUAUUAUGAUUGGAUAUAUUAAUUGGAUGUUUUUUAUUGGAAAAUCAAUAAAAAUGAUUUUUUUUAAAAAAAAUAAAAACUGUCAGAAUGCCCACGAUUGCAGCUGAGCAUUGGCAGUUGCUCCUUCUCAACUAGUAGAAAGUGGGCAAUAGCCUUGAUGUUUGGUUCACAGGAUUUCCAUUAAAGCACACUUCUGCAACAGGACGGAGAGUUGGAAGCACAGCAGUCCGUCCUCAUUGGCCUGGGAUAAAAUAUGGCAACCGUUAUUGUUGGUGUAAUCAUAUCAGGCAGAAGCAGGGAGGAUGUAUGUUGCAGUGUAUACCUAGCAGGUGCGAAACACAUUGGACCGUGAAACCAGCACUGAUGUGCGGUAAAUACAUAGUGUAGACAAGGCUAGAAAAAUCCCAGAGUCUGACCAUUGAAAAAUUCAAAGCUGGAAUUCAGUUUUUAUUUUUUCGCUCUCUACAGUGCUGACUUGAAAACUUAGGUCCUGGUUCCAAUGAGUUUGUUUGUUUGUUUGUUUGUUUGUUUGUAGUACUGAGCUCAGGAUUUCCCUUUCUCAAGAAAAGGCCUGUGCUUGGUCUGAAAUGGUUAAAUACGCAACUUCAAGUUGAUUGAUCAGUUAAAUUGACUUUAACUAUUUAAAAAGUGCCUCUGACUAAUUGAGCAGCAGAUCUUUAGCAUUAGUCUUGAUUAAAAGCCAUGGGUGGUAGGCGCCUUCUUGAAGGCAUUUGCUUUUUCUCUCACUUGCGUGCAGGAGGCGAUGAAUGCCUGCUAGGACACAUAUGCAUAAUUUAAAAUUUAGACAUUUGCUUUUUUCCCCCCUUUAGAACUAUUAUUUUUAUUAUGGAAAUUAACUCUGCAGAAGUCGGCUAAAGCUCCUGUAACAUGCACUUCUUUCUCCUGAUUUUUUUAAGUAGGCGUGAUAGAAAUACAACAGCUAAGUGCAUAAUUUUAAUCAGAAGAUAGCAGUAGCUUGCAUUUAUACUCCUAAUCAAAAACAAAAAAACAUGUUUCCAUGAAGUUAUUAAACUCUUAGCGGAAAAGACGGAAUGGGAAAAAACUAUGGGGGAAAAACCUAAUGGUUUUGAUCUAGCUAUUUGGCCAAGAGAAAACUGGUUAGCCAAAGAAACAUGGCUACCUUACUGUGAAAGAAUGAGUCAAUUGUGUACAAUGUGCAGCACACCUUAAUAGAAAUAUAUAUAUAUUCUGUUGAAUGCAGUGGAGUGUUUCAUUGUACUUAUACAGUUUCUCCUGCCACUUUCUGGAGUGUUAAAGGCUCUUUCGGUGGCAGCUCUUAUCUUUCCAGAGCAACUGUGAAGCAUUCAUUCUGUUGCCAAAGUGAUGGGGGUUAGGCAACAACUGCGAUGUUUUUUCCACGGACUUCCUUGCUUCCCAGGCAAUGUGGGGUUGUUGUUUUUUAAAAACCCCAUCACUAAAGGGAUGUCCCCUUGUAAGCUGAUGGCUCUGUUUUCAGAGGCAAGGCAUAUAAAGCGUUCAGAGGAGCAAGCCAGAAUCUCAGCAAAAGGGGACACUGCAGCCGUAUGGAUUCCUGCUCUAACUGUGCUGCUUGACUGUAAAAUGACGGCCGUUUCUCUCACUUCCAGGAAUCUCUUCUUCCUGGAAGGUGAGUGGCUGAGUUCACCCUACUGCCGAGAUGCAGCCACACACACACACAGUCUGUAUUCCAGUGCUGUUUCCAAGGAGUUGGCUGUGAUAACACUCCAGGGUAUCUUCAGCAAGCUAGAAUAAUGUAAGUUAAAUGGGGAGCGGGGUGGCCGUGUGAAAUAACUCCAUGCUCUUUUCUGUUUUCAUUUACACUUGGCGCCAUUUGGGGUGUGUCUGAUGCCAUGCAGAACAGUGCAGGAAGUGGCUGACUUUCGAUGCAAGUAAAUUGAUCUCUAGAAUUCCUCCAUCGUCUGUGUCAGGGGGUGGGGUGGGGGAUAGAGUCUGUUCGAAAUCAGAAAUGCAACUGCAGGCGAUCGGUUAGGGAUGAGCAACCAAAGGGGAAAGAUAAAUGUAGUAUGUGUUAUAAAAGCAGCGGACAAGGCUGUUAAAGACACCCCCCUUUUUUCUUCCUCCACCCUCUGCUAUUUAGUAAAAGCCUAGGGAAGGGGUCAGGGCCAUAAUUCUCUGUGUGUUCUGGCAAGGAGCAGAAGAAAUCCUUGGUUCGAGUAAUUGCUGCUUAAAUGUGCUCCGCUGCGAACUGUUUGCUGCUGGUGCCUAUUUUGCUUAGCCGUAUCAUGGCUAACUCCUAAUUAAACGAUUAAUAUCCAUAUUGAGGGGUGUGUGGCUGCUUCUAGGCACUUGCAGAGAUAGGCUUACUAUGAUGUAGACUCUCCUGUUUACCCACCUGAGGAAUGACAGCCUUAAGGGAAAGGGUGAAAUUCCUUUUUUCAGGACCCAGAAAGUCUUGGCCUUGGGGCCCACCUGGGAGAAGAAAGCAACAACUUUUCCUUAAAGAUAAAAUGAUCACAAGGCACCAGCCUUGCAUGCUGUGCCUGUGUUAAAUUUGACUUCACCUGGUCGGAACAGUUUGUUUCCUUUAUCUCGGCAGAUCCUGGAAUGUGCUAAGCUAUGUGGGCAUGAGAACAGCAGCUAGCAUUCAAACUCUGAAGAAAAUCACCUGUCUCUGUACUAAAGCCUCUCUGAUGAGAAUGUCUCCAGACUUGCUUCCUGUCUUUUAGAACUUGCUUUUUUCCUAAGUAGAUAAGAGUGCUUCCAAACAACAGGGGCACUAGACAGGAAUUGGGGUGAGGGGACAGUGCCUUGCAGAAAAGACGUUCAGGGGGCUGGCAUUGCUACAGUAUUUUCAUUGCAGUCAUUAUGCUGCCUGUACCAUAGCUGUCAAGCGUCCCUUAUUUGGCGGGACAGUCCCUUAUCCCAGCGCCAUGUCCCGCUGCUGUCCCUUAUUGAUGAUGUCCCUUAAAUAAGCUACUGAAGGUAAUGGGGUCCUUUCUAUGUCCAGCUGUCCUUUGUCAACAACAAAUUGUUGCUGUUUUUUGUGUUGAAUAUAUGCUAUAUGGUAAUUUAUGGACCUAAUAGGUCCAUGCAACAAAAUAUGUUGCAUACAACAAAAUAUGUAUUUUAUCAAAGUAAUUGUUGAUCCCUUAUUUUGGCUGCUGAUCCCUUAUUUUCGAGGCUGUUGGUCCCUUGUUUUCAAAUCUGUAAGUUGACAGCUAUGGCCUGUACUGAUCCUGCUUCUCUAAAUGCAGUGCCAAUGAACAACAGGGAAGUUGUUCUUAUUUUCAUCUGAAUAAAUAGAAAAGCAAAAGUACUCAUGUUGACCCGUAAGAAAAAAAGCCGACAUUAGGAGACAAUACCUUUGUACUGAGCAAACUUUCAGGUUCCACAGAACCCUUCACCAGGCUAGAGGGAAGAGCUUGGCUGAUGUUUAAGUAAUGGCUUGAGUCUGUAUUUUAAGUCAAAGGGUUGUAUCCAGAGCUGUUAGUCCGCUCGUGCAAGUUUCCUUGUGAAAGCAGAGGUCUGUUUUCCAGUGUUGCAUUUGUUGUAGUCAUUUAGUCGUGUCCGACUCUUCGUGACCCCAUGGACCAGAGCACGCCAGGCACUCCUGUCUUCCACUGCCUCCCGCAGUUUGGUCAAACUCAUGCUGGUUGCUUCGAGAACACUGUCCAACCAUCUCGUUCUCUGUCGCCCCCUUCUCCUUGUGCCCUCCAUCUUUUCCAAUAUCAGGGUCUUUUCCAGGGAGUCUUCUCUUCUCAUGAGGUGGCCAAAGUAUUGGAGCCUCAGCUUUAGGAUCUGUCCUUCCAGUGAGCACUCAGGGCUGAUUUCCUUAAGAAUGGAGAGGUUUGAUUUGCUUGCAGUCCAUGGGACUCUCAAGAGUCUCCUCCAGCACCAUAAUUCAAAAGCAUCAAUUCUUUGGCGACCAGCCUUCUUUAUGGUCCAGCUCUCACUUCCAUAUAUCACUACUGGGAGAACCAUAGCUUUUACUAUACGGACCUUUGUUGGCAAGGUGAUGUCUCUGCUUUUUAAGAUGCUGUCUAGGUUUGUGUUGCAUAUUAGGGGUAGCAGGUCCGCCGAUGUAACGAUUGCGCAAGAGCUUGCACUAGCACAGGUGUACAAAUUGCACUUAAAAAUACAAGCUGUUCGUUUUUUGGAACCUCUUGCGCAAGAUAACUCACUAAUGGAACAGGUUCAUUGCUAAGUUUCUUUAACUUCACGCUACAUUGGAUACAACCCACGGUCUUAAGUUGCAGCGUGGAAGGGAGAUAGCAGACAUUCAAUGGCCAUCAUUGCUACACAAGGCCCCAGUGGCAUCAAGUGGCAAGGAGUGCCAAUUUCCAGCUUUGCCUGGUUUGUCAGCUGCUGCUGUUCAGCCUGGCUACACUUCUGCGUACUCUAGUAACCUCCUGUCUUGACAGCUGUAACGCUUCUUUCUCGUGCGCAGGGAUUUUCUCAUAUGGAGGAGCGUGGACUCCUGUGAGCCCCCACCUGCAUUCUGAAAUAGUAGAACUGAGACAGAUUUUGUCACAUCGGUGAGAUUUAAGCCCAAGACAUUCCUUCCAGUCUCUUCAAAAACCUUCAGCGAGAAACAGUGAUAAAUGCAGUUUACCAAGCUACCGUCAAUUAGCAUUCCAUGGUUUCUGCUCUGCUUCCCUGCAGCAUUCUACAAUGGACUGGUUAAGUUGUAAUUAUCCUGGAUUGCUAAACUGCAGUUUAGCACAGGGGUGGGGAACUGAACGUGGCUGGCAAGCUAAAUCCUUCCCGCAUACACACCUGUGGGCCAACUUUGACAGGUGGGCAGCUCUGCCUACCUGUCAACCUCCUGGCAUCAUUAUGACCUCCUGGGACAGCUUCAAAAGGGCUUGCUUUAAUUAGCUGCUAAUUAGCUACAAAUAGACAAUAUGGGACUCCACCAGAUCAGCAAGCCCUGCUUGGAAAAGAACAGUCCAGAGUUCCCUUGAAGCCCCCAGUGGUUUCAAGAUUAUUCCUUUGGAACCAUUCCCUUCUCUCCCCCACAUAAGUUAUCAAGUAUGGAGGAAGGUUGAUGUGGUUUGGAGAAAAUGGCUUUGUGGGCUAAAUUGGGACCUACACUGGGCCUAAUGACACACCGACAGGCUGGAGAUUCCUUAGCAAGUCAGCGACAAACAUUGGGUCUCCCAUUUUAUGUUAGCUUUGGCGUAGUUAGUUAUCCUGGUUUAUUUAGUUUAAAUGAACAAAGUUUAUUUAAGAGGGUCCCCCCCAAUGCAUGCAAAAGGAGGUAGGCUGCAAUCCUAUAGCAAGCCAGGAAUGUUGUAUCCAAAAGGAGCAACAUCGUCCCUUGCCUUCAUUUGGCUUCGUUAUAAAACAUAAAGAUGAUCAUGCCCCAUCUUAAACUGAGUCUUUAGAUUAAGCACACUUAACUCCUUUAAAUUGGUGGAGCUGCAGGCAGAUACACCAGUGCAAAUAUUUAAUAUGGGUGUGUAAAGUGCACUGAUGUAUCUUGUUGAGUGAUUCUGUCCCUCCAUAGUCAUGUUAAGUCACUAAACAAGUAGUUUUUUUUAUCAAUAGGUUGUGUUUUCAGUAUACAGUGUACAAUGAUUUUUUUUAAAAAAAUGGGAUAAUGUGUGGAAUAUAACAUGGCACUAAGGAGAUUGUUGUGUCAGUUCAAGCAGUUGACCCACUGAAAUUAAUAAACAUGACUAAGUUAAGCCCAUUAAUUGCAGUGGGUCUACUCUGAGUAAAACUUAAUUGAAUUCCUCUCUUAAGUAAGAUUGGGUUGAAUCCAAUGAAGUUCUUCUCAGAGAAGACUUGUUGAAAUGAAUAUACCAAACUUAGCCAUGUCCAUAAAUUCCAUUGGUCCUACUUAGAGCAUGACUGUUGCUGAAUACAACCCACACCCUUUCCAAAACAAUAAAUGAGGUGGGCUUAGGGAGGAUGGGUUCUUAUUAAUGGAAGAAAUGGAAACUGCACACUAAAAAACAACAAGAGUACACAUUUGGAUAAUUUAGUUGGGCUAGCUUCUCUAAAAGGGCAAGCUGUCAGACUCUAAAAAAAAGUAAAAUGCAAGAUUCUGCGAACUCCCUAGUGUUGCAUGACUUCCAUGUACACUGUAGCUAAUAAACCGUUAAUAAGAUCUUUAUAUGCAACUGAUUCAUGUUCUUCCCCAUAAAUAGAUAAAGAGAACGAACUAAGCAAGUGCUUUUGGUGCAUGCUUUCUUCCUCUUGGAGGCAACAGCAAACAACACAGGAAUCCAUACAUGAAGAAUGUAUUUGAAAUCAGUUCAAUGUAGUAUUGUUAUCUUGAGCUUGGAUUCCGCAAUCAUUCAUAUACAUAUAUCAGCUAUUCCAUGAGACUUCAUGUUGAAACUCUUCUGUAUGACACAUUUCUGUAUUCAUAUUGCGUAUUAUUUGCACAACAACAAAGCUACGUAUAUCCUGGCUUUUAUUUAAGGUGAUUCAAAUUUUAAAUGGGGAUCCCUUUAUCCUGUAAUUGCCAUGUAAUGAGAUAUUUGCACUUCUUUGAUGAUUCCCAAGUGCUGCUGCAUAUAUUGGUUACAAGCAUUCGGGUAGCUUAGAGGCUGCAGGCUUAUUUUGACAAUGCAUGUUAUACAUGUUAAACCAGUAUCAUCAUUCUGAAAACAUUUAUGAAUUCAGUCUUAUAAAUACAAGAAGGCUGCUUUAUGUAUGUAAUAGAACUGGUUCUAUCAGUAUCUGACAUCUCUCUUCUGAAAUGCUGGUCGGAUGUUCACUGUAUCUGGGUCUACGCUGAUAAUCAUCUGAUCAUCAUAAACUAUACGUUGCAAGAACAGGGCACUUAUUAUAUACAUGGUUGGGAUUUGUUGGGAUUCCUCCUGCUAGGUUUUCAUUCAGUCAGAGCACCAAUGGAAUUUUUUUCAUUCAGAUUUUGUAGGCUGCAAAAUCUAGACUUUACUCAAACUCAUCAGGAGAGUUUCCUUUCCUCUGUGCCCAUCUUCAGUCCUAAGCACAGGAAAAAUAUUUCUUGAUUUCUUGAAACGAGGCUUACCUGUGCUCUCUGCUUCUUUUUGUUCCCCAAAGGUAGUGGAGAUUCCUCUUUGGAAAAGGAGUUCACCUCCACGAUUGUGGGCCCUACUGUGAGCACACCAAACAGCCAACAUUCCUCCCCAAGCCGCUCCCUUAGUGGUAAGUAUGUCAUUUUCUGAUUCCUGUAGUUUAUGUCCAAAAAGUGUUGGGCCCAAGCUGUCAUCAAGGCAGAGACCACCUUUGAAAUCCUCCAAAAAGGUCUGCACAAAGAUAAUCACAUCAGCGAAGAAUUUACCUUUUGGAUGAGGCCCUGGAAAAGAGGCAGCUUUUAUACAGCAGCCUUGGAUUAUCUGAACUUUCUGCCUAGUAUUCUCUCCUGCUCAGAUUUUUAGUUUGAGAGAUUGGAAAGUCACUGUUUGGUUCCUGACACAUUUAUCGACAAAGAAGGCAUUUCCUCUCAUAGUGAGUGAAUGACUGGAAAUUGUGGUUGCUGGGAAAGCACCAGUGGUGCUAGAUCAUGUGAGCAAAGAGUUGGAGAUGCGGGAGAGGACUCUAUAUUCAGAUGGUGUUGGAAAAAGAUUUGUUUGCAUUGAUGCAUUCUAAUUUGCCAUAUUCCGCAACCACCAGCAUUUCCUGCUGAAAUUAUCAACUGGGCUUUCCUUUUUUUCUUUUUUGAGAAUUUUGCUGAAAAGUAUGACCACCAUGUUGCAGAGUUAAUGUAUGGGAAAGAUUAGCGUUCUCAAACUUGACUUCUGACUAUUGUCUCUCAUCUGAUAAUACUGCUUUGUGUUAGACAGCUAUAAAAGGUAAAGGGACGCCUGACCAUUAGGUCCAGUCGUGACCGACUCUGGGGUUGCGCGCUCAUCUCGCUUUAUUGGCCAAGGACUUCCGGGUCAUGUGGCCAGCAUGACUAAGCCGCUUCUGGCGAACCAGAGCAGCGCACAGAAAUGCCGUUUACCUUCCCACCGGAGCGGUACCUAUUUAUCUACUUGCACUUUGACAUUCUUUCAAACUGCUAGGUUGGCAGGAGCAGGGACCAAGCAAUGGGAGCUCACCCCGUCGCGGGGAUUCAAACCGCUGACCUUCUGAUCAGCAAGUCCUAGGCUCUGUGGUUUAGACCACAGCGCCACCCGCGUCCCGUUAGAUAGCUAUAACAUCCUCUUAAUUCUUUAUCUGAAAUCACGGGAGGUUUAUAUUACGCUCCAGUUGGUUUAUAAAACCGAUUACAGUUGGCUUAUAAAAACCAACAAUUAAAUCCAGUUUUAGUCAUUUAGAAAGGAACGUUCAAAUGUCCAUGUUAACACAUCCGCUGCGUUAAAAUUUAGUUGAUCCCCUGGGAAAGCAUGAUCACACUUGUUCAGUGUUACAGGAGGAGAACCCAGCGUAUGGUUUGAACAAAUAGGAAAUGAGUAUCUUCUCCUUUAAAAGGGAGACGCUGCCUGAUACCGUUGCUUCUGAUCAGUCUUGAUUUCACAGCUGGUUCAGCCAGCAAGCUCAUGCCCCAGUGGAGCAGAAAUAUUACAUAACCUGUUUUGCCAACCCAACCAGACUCUGCCUUCCUUCUGUAAGGAAAGUUGCAGAACAAAAGCCAGCCCUCCGUUUGCUGUGGGGGAGAGAGAAAAAGAAACACUCAUCCCCAGGGGAGCGAAAAAACAUCAAAGUUCAACCAGCAUCAAUAUACCCAAGUAGCUCCUGCCACAGUGAGCAGGUUUUCACUUCAUAUUUGCGCACAGAGGUGUCGGCUUGCAGCUGGAUCUCCAAGACGUAUAAACAGGAGUGUAUGCCUAACCUAAGCAGCCUGGCUUCUAUUAAUGUAAUUAAUGCCGAGAUAUUCUAGGAGCACAGGUAAAUUCUCUGCACUAGCCUCCUGCCAUGGCUGCCAGCCGUAGCUGUGUGUGCAAGGCCUUCAAGUUGCUACCUUCAGUUUGUAUAGCAUGAAUAGGUGGCAACUAGAUAAGAGAGGAAAAAGCAGAGAUGCGGGCAAUGACCUACAUUCUUAACUAUUCCAAUGCUCUGUGGAAUGCCACAAAUCAAACACUCUUUAAGAAUGAACAUGGUAACUGCCGCCUUAAUUCUAGGUGCAAUUUCUUUUCUUUUUUAACAUUUUUUUAUUAGUUUUCCAAUAUACAGUCAUACCUCGGGUUGAAUGUGCUUCAGGCUGAGCGCUUUCGGGUUGCGCUCUGCGGCAACCCAGAAGUAAUGGAGCAUGUUACUUCCGGGUUUCGCCGCAUGCGCAGACGCUCGAAAUGACAUCAGGCACAUGCGCGGAAGCAGCAAAAUGCAACUCGCGCACGUGCAGACGCGUCUUACGUUCUAUUCAGGAUGCGAACGGGGCUCCGGAACGGAUCCUGUUUGCAUCCCGAGGUACCACUGUACUUCCAAUAAUAGCCACAUUAUAACAAUAACAAUUAAUUCCCAAGUUAUUCAAUUCUCAAAGUGCCAGUCAACUUCCAAUUAAUACAUUUUCGUUAAAAUCGGCUCCCCGCAUGAUGGUUUGGGUGCAUUUCCGAUCUUACAUCACUGUGUUCCAUAAUCGUAAUUAAUGUCAGUUAUAAUAAUAAUUCCUUAGUCAACAGCUGUAUAAUUAACGAUUUCCAUUCGUGAUGUUACAAUAUAUAUACACUUAUAAAGCUUCAAGUGAGGAAACUCAAACUAUUAUCUUUAUUCUGCCCUGCGUGUGAAAAAAAUCUAGGUGACAUUUCGUGGAGAGUCUGAAGGGAUUAUAUCAGCUGUCUAGCCUUCCCCAACGUGGCGCCCUCCGUAUGUUUUGGACUUCAACUUCCAUCAUGCUGUGGGGAUAUGCCAAUUAGGAUUGAUGCGGGUUGGAGUCCAAAUCAUCUGAAAGGCAUCAGGUUGGCGAAGUCUGGUUCAUAUUGUUUCCUUAUCCCAAAACACAUGAGCAUAGCUAAAAGUGCCAUCCUUUGUGGGGGGGGAACCAAAUAUUAUUGGAGCACCUUUGUUCACGUGCCUGCUGUGUUUAUAUACGAAGCAGGUGGUGCUGGGCUUUUUAAUUUUAAGAAAAGAAGGAUACACAGGUGAGAGAACUAAACCUUCUCCCUCCCUUUAUCUGCCUAUGUUUUGCUGUUAUGGGCAUUUUGCUCCCAGCCUAUUCCCAAGCUGAACUGGGAGAAAAUUACCUGAAGCCAAAAGAGAACAAGGGAGAGGUAAGGGUUCAGCUUCCCUUUUCAUUUUGAGGCUCUCCACCUUCCACUGUAUUAAUAGGUGGUCCUGAUGCAUGUGCAGCAAGCGUGUGCAAGUUAUGGUGGACAAUACUGAGCUACAUGGACCAAUGGACUGAGUUGGUAUAAGGCAGCUUCCUCCUGUUUUCCCAUUGCAGCGGAAUGCUGCUUGGAAGAGAACGCAGUGGGACUUAGGAAUUGGGAGGAGAUUCGCAUAUGAGAGUCCUUCUUUUCAGUACACUCCUUGGGAUGAUGUAACCUGGCCAUGGACCAAAGGUUCAGGAGUGUUUAUUCAGCAAGGCCUCGCAAACAGCAUUCCUUCUGCGGCGGAGGCUGCUCCAUGUGUCCGUCGGUCGAAACAGGAAGUCCUCGUUUUUCAAGCUUUACAUUCCAUUAGCUGCUUCAGGGGGAAGCCCUGCGCUAGAUGCUCCCUGCUUUCCAAGUUGCGAGCUUCCCCCGUCUCUGGCUUGGGAAGGGCUAGAUUUUAAAUAUUUUAUUGCCCAUUUUUGCACCUUGAAAUGGGACGAGCGUCCGUUGUUACACCAACUGAUGUGGUUGGAUUUACAGGCCGGCUGUGUGUUCCCCUAGCAAAGAGCUCUUCUUGCUAAUGUCAUAGCAUCCCGGUUUCUUGCGCAUUCUUAACUGAACGUUUUAGAAACCAGACCCUGGGUUUAGGACUCUUGACCUUCUGUCUAUAGAAAAGAUGCCACAACAUUCUUGCAGGGUGCUGGCAGAAAAAUGCCUUAGAAGGCUGCUCUUCAGACCGUUUUCCUGCCUGUAUUGUCAGAGUGAAACGUCCUUUCUACCUGGCCGGGGAUCUAGUGGAGGAGAGGCCUGCUCCCCGCCCCCCAUGUGCUGAGCCCUACAUUAUUUGGAGCACUGGGGAUUGUAUUUGAUUUUUACACCUUUUGAUACUCUAGAACAGGCAUCCCCAAAGUCAGCCCUCUGGAUGUUUUGGGACUACAACUCCCAUCAUCCCUAGCUAACAGGACCAGUGGUCAGGGAUGAUGGGAAUUGUAGUCCCAAAACAUCUGGAGCGAUGAGUCUGGGGAUGCCUGCUCUAGAACAUAAGAAGAACCCUACUGUUGCCCCACACCAACUGGCAGUUUAAAAAGUAAUCAUAGUAGUUCACUUAGCUGAUGUGAUUACCGUAUUUUUCGCACCAUUGGACGCACAUUUUCCCCUCCAAAAAUGAAGGGGAAAUGUGUGUGCGUCCUAUGGGGCGAAUGCAGGCUUUUGCUGAAGCCUGGAGAGCGAGAGGGGUCAGUGCGCACCCACCCCACAAGCUCUCCAGGCUUCAGGAAGCUCUGCGCAACCCUCGGGAGACCGACUCUGAGGGUUGCGCAGAGCUGCCUGCAGUCCCGGGCUCAGCGCAGCUCUGCGCGGCCACCGGGAGCCGGGCGCGAAGUCCCGCCCAGCUCCGGAUGGCCGCGCAGAGCUGCCUGCAGUCCCGGCUCAGCGCAGCUCUGCGCGGCCACCGGGAGCCGGGCGCGAAGUCCCGCCCAGCUCCGGAUGGCGGCGCAGAGCUGCCUGCCGUCCCGGCUCAGCGCAGCUCUGCGCGGCCACCGGGAGCCGGGCGCGAAGUCCCGCCCAGCUCCGGAUGGCGGCGCAGAGCUGCCUGCCGUCCCGGCUCAGCGCAGCUCUGCGCGGCCACCGGGAGCCGGGCGCGAAGUCCCGCCCCACUCCCGAUGGCCGCACAGAGCUGCCUGCAGUCCCGGGAUCAGCGCAGCUAUGCGCGGCCACCGGGAGCAGGGCACGAGUCCCGCCCCGCUCCCGGAUGGCCGCGCAGAGCUGCCUGCCGUCCCGGCUCAGCGCAGCUCUGCGCGGCCACCGGGAGCAGGGCACGAGUCCCGCCCCGCUCCCGAUGGCCGCGCAGAGCUGCCUGCCGUCCCGGCUCAGCGCAGCUCUGCGCGGCCACCGGGCGCGAAGUCCCGCCCCGCGCCGGAUGGCCGCGCAGAGCUGCCUGCAGUCCCAGGAUCAGCACAGCUCUGCGCGGCCACCGGGAGCCCGGCGCGAGUCCCGCCCCGCUCCGGAUGGCCGCGCAGAGCUGCCUGCAGUCCCGGGAUCAGAGCAGCUCUGCGCGGCCACCGGGAGCCGGGCGCGAAGUCCCGCCCCGCUCCGGAGGUCAGCGCAGAGCUGCCUGCCGGCCCGGGCUCCGCGCCGCUCGGCGCGGCCACCAGGAGCCGGGCGCGAAGUCCCGCCCCGCUCCGGAUGGCCGCGCAGAGCUGCCUGCAGUCCCAGGAUCAGCGCACUUCUCCCCAUCGCCAGCCCCACAAGCUCGGGGGACAGCGGGGAGGCAGAGCGCACCUUCCCGCUGUUCCCCGACCUAGUUCUUCCAGCCCCGCACCUGGGGGGGAAAUAAAAAUAUUUUUCUUUAUUUCCCCCCAAAAAACCUAGGUGCGCCCUAUGGGCCAGAGCGUCCUAUGGAGCGCAAAAUACGGUAAUGCUCAUUUAUAGCCCUGGCCUCCAUGAAUUUGUCUAAUCCCUUUUUAAAGUUCCUUCUAAACUAAUGGCUUAUUUAUAUUAUUUAUUACGUUUAUAUGUCACAUUUCUCUUCCAAGAAGCUCAGGGUGGUGCACAUGGUUCUCCUCUUCCCCAUUUCAUCCUGACAACAACUCUGUGAGGUGAAUUAGGGUAAGAGAUAGUGACUGGUCCAAGGUCACUCAGUGAGCUUCGUGGCCGAGCGGGAAUUCGAACCCUGCUCUCCCAGGUCCUAGUUCCACACUCUAACCGUUACACCACACUGGCUCUCUUGUAACGCUGAAUCCCAUAAGUUGAUGAUGCACUUUCUGAAUAAAUACUCCAUUGGUUUGUGCUGAAUUUGCUCCCGAUCAGUGUCAAGGGGUGAUCUAAAAUAGUGGGAAAGAAGGAUAAAUCUCCCCCCCCCAACACACACAUCAUACAUAAUUUUAGAAAUUUCUAUCAUGCUCCCCAAGCACCUGGCCCUAGAUGCUAGUAGGAUCUAUUAAUAAUUAUUGAUGGUUAUUUUUUAGAAGUCUCUUUUCACUCUCCUGGACCAUAACAACUUUUUUUUUAAAAAAAGUUAACUGUUUACAAAUACUUGUCACAAACCUGUACGUGCUUUGUUUUUUUGUUUUGUUUUUACAUCUUUUCCCUCCAUAGCAAAUUCUAUCAAGGUGGAAAUGUACAGUGAUGAAGAAUCAAGCCGGCUGCUGUCGCAUGACGACCGGCUCAUUGAAAAAGAGGACAGCGUGAUUGUGGAGGAUUCUCUCUCUGAGCCACUCGGCUACUGUGACGGGACAGGGCAAGAGCCACAUUCCCCUGGCGGCAUCCGGCUACCCAACGGCAAGCUGAAAUGUGAUAUCUGUGGGAUGGUGUGCAUUGGCCCGAACGUACUGAUGGUGCACAAGCGCAGCCACACCGGUGAGCAGGCAUGGCUGCUGGUAACCGUAAGGGCUGAUGCAUGAGCUUUGCGCUUGUAUAGUGCUUUAAGUCUCAAUGGUCUAAAAGGUUCUAUGUGUCACACUCAGGCUCUUUAGCCUAAUAAGGCUCUGAACCGCUUUAUAGCUCUUUCCUUACAAGACUGGGUGUUAGAUCAAUCCAGGUGCAUUCAGAGUACUUCACACAUCCACGUGUCAUGCUAAACCAUGGUUUUCUGCAAGAUGCAUGAGCUGGGAGCACUCAUGCUUGCUCCUGAACAGCUCCAUGGAGGACCUAGGGGGACAGUGUUAAAUGAAAUAAUUGUGCUAGCACAAGGAUUGGCACUAGCAGAAUGGGACUUCCUCCCUCUCCUCUUCCAGAGAGUUGGAGGAUUCCCCAGAAUGGAUUUAGGAAGUGGGGGGGGGGAGCAGAGGGGAAGAUAGUUCUGCUGCGCAAUGAGAAAUCCUUGCCCCAAUGGAACUGUCCACUUAGGUUAAAAAAAAGGAAAGGACCCCUCGACAGUUAAGCCCAGUCAAAAGAUGAAUAUGGGGUUGUGGUGCUCAUCUCACUUUCAGGCCGAGGGAGCCAGCGUUUGCCCACAGACAGCUUUCCGGGUCAUGUGGCCAGCAUGACUAAACCACUUCUGGCGCAACGGGACACUGUGAUGGAAACCAGAGCGCAUAGAAAUGCUGUUUACCUUCCUGCCACAGUGGUACCUAUUUCUCUACUUGCACUGGUGUGCUUUUGAACUGCUAGGUUGGCAGGAGCUGGGACCGAGCAACGGGAGCUCACCCCAUCACGGGGAUUUAAACCGCCAACCUUCUGAUCGGCAAGCCCAAGAGGCUCCAUGGUUUAGGCCACAGUGCCACCUGCACCAUUUAACACUACACUGAAUACAACCCCGAGUCUGUUUGCUUCCUUUAAACUCAGUUUAUCAGCAUGUUUGAACUGGGGGUCAUGGUUCAUCAGUGAAAGCAAGGAUCGAGGCUAACCUUUCUGGAUACUCAUCCCAAUGCGCUCCUCUUCUUCUUCCUAGGUGAGAGGCCAUUCCAUUGCAAUCAGUGCGGUGCCUCCUUCACCCAAAAGGGCAACCUCCUGCGCCACAUCAAGCUGCACUCGGGCGAGAAGCCCUUCAAAUGUCCCUUCUGUAACUAUGCCUGUCGGAGGAGAGACGCACUCACGGGGCACCUCCGAACACACUCAGGUGGGUCACGAGGCACUUCUGCUCUAGUUCAGUUUUAUGGGUAUUUUCUUUUCUUUAUUGUCCCAUUGUUUUAUGUACAGUGUUUAGAAAUGUAUAUAAUUAAGCAGCACCAUAUUUCUCACUCCAUAAGACGCACCUGACCAUAAGACGCACCUAGUUUUUGGAGGGGGAAUGCAAGAAAAAAAAGAUUCUUUAAAGGGAGCGCUGAGCAGAGCCUAUAUGCAUCCCAGGCUCUGCUCAGCGCUCCCUUUCACGAGCCAUGCGGAGCGUGUGUGCGGCGCUUGCAGGCUUUUCCCUCCGUGCGGUUCUUUAAAGGGAGCACGGCUAUCCCUGGCUUUUGCGGGAGGUGGGGGAAGGGACAGAGCGGGCGGCAUGCUCUGUCCCUUCCCCCACCUCCCGCAAAAGCCAGGGAUAGUUGCGCGAAGCCUCCGCAGGGCAGCGGGAUGAAGGCUCCCCGUGCCCUGUGGAGGUUUUGCGCGGCUAAGCCAGAAGCUAGAACAGCAAGAGGGAGCGUGCCAUUUACACCACAAAGAACUCAUAACCCACCUGCUCUCAGCAGCCAGAAACACCAUAACCAGACACUGGAGAGACCUGUCAGGAGUAAGCAUGGACCAAUGGUACCAAAUAGUAUGGGAAACAGCCCUACUAGAAAAAUUAACUAAUAAACUGAAACUGACACGGGGACAAACAGAAGAAGACGCCUUCACCCGGUAUGGCUCCCUUUAUCACAUACACAGCCCAACAGGACAAUGACAAUAAUCCACCAACAGCAUACAAAUCAAUAUGGCUAACCUGAUCCAAAACACCCACCCACCUCAUUCACACACGAAAAUAAAGAUCACCACAGCCAAUCACAAGCAAACAAUCACACCCUAGGCCAACCCCAACCUCUCUCACCACCAAAGGAACACAAGUGAACAACACAAGCAACGCUGACACCAAACUCUGCAUACAUUAAACAUAAUAGAAACACCGCCACCCGACCCCACCCCAUCCAUCUUCCUCUCUCCACCCCCCUUUUUCUUUUUUCAUUUUUCUUCUCCCCCUAAUGCCUCAACAAAUGAAACGGAUUUGUAAAAAUGUUACAUGAAAAAAAAAUACGAGGCACUACACUUCUGUAAAACAAGAAAAUCCUUAAUAAAAUAUUUUAAAAAAAAAAAAGCAAGAGGGAGCGUGGCGCAGCGCUCCCUCUCACUGUUCUGGCUUCUGGGAUAGCCGCGCAGCCUGCAUUGGCUCCAUAAGACGCACACACAUUUACCCUUACUUUUUAGGAGGGGAAAAGUGCGUCUUAUAGAGCGAGAAAUACAGUAUAUAAAUUUCUUAGACAAAAAAUAAAUAGUUAUAGCAAGGUAGGCCUUGGUGGGUUGGUAGAACUAUCUCUUGCUCUUUGCCCUCGGCCCAAACCUCUGCUUGUUGGAGUCACCUCUUCUUAAAGGGAGGUAGACCACAGUGACCACCCAUGUCAAGCUUCAGGGAAGCCCUCCCCCGGUGGCAGCCAAAAAGCAGAUAAAAAGGAAUAGUUCUUACCAAGUAAUUUAUUCAGUAUUCACAGAGAGAGACGAAGGAAUGCAGUCUCUAUUAAAUAAUGGCAUUGCUCCGAGUAAAUUCCAACCCAUUCCAUCUCUCCUAUUCUACAUCAUCCCUGCGCCGGCUAAUUUGAGUUUUCUGCCUGUGAGCUUUCUGUUCUACUACUCUGAAUACCAUCCUAGUCCUGGGAGAGGGGGGCUUAGGAACGCUUUCCAAAGACACUGAGUCUGUCAGCUGUCGCGCCCCCGGUGCUGCUUCUUCCUGCUGUUCCUCUCCCAACAUUUCUCAGCUUUUCCACUCUGCAGCCUCUGAACUAUGUCCUUCUGCAAACCACUGUUCUAAAUCUACCGUAUUUUUCACCCCAUAGGACGCACCUAGAUUUUUGGGGGGGAAAUAAAGGAAAAAAAAUUAUUUCCCUCCCCAGGCACGGGGCUGGGGCGGGGGAAGCCCAAGCUUCCCCAGCCCCUAGAAUGGGACCCAGAGCGAUGCCGAAGCUGCGUGCAGCUUUGGCAUCGCUCUGGGAGCUUGCGGGGCUGGAGGAGGGGGGAGCCCGAGCUUCCCCCUCCCCCUCCCCCAGCCCCCAGAACGGGACCCAGAGCAAUGCCGAAGCUGCUUGCAGCUUUGGCAUGGCUCUGAGAGCUUGCGGGGCUGGAGGAGGGGGAAGCCCUCCGCCAGCCUUCUAACCAAGUUGGGGGGCAGCAGGAGAGGCGCACUGCGCCUCUCCCGCUGUCCCCUGAGUUUGCGGGGCUGGCGAUGGGGAGGAGCAGGCUUCUCCCCCCCGCCAGCCUUCUUUUUUCAUAAUUGAUAUUUAUUGAAUUUUCAAAAAAUAACAACAAAAAUUUCCAAAAAAAAAUUUAAGGAUACAAAAAACAAAAAUAGUACAUAAACAAAAAAGAAAAGAAAACCCAGCCGCAAAGAAAAAAAAAAGAGAAACAAAAAAACAAAAAUAUAAAGUCCUUUACAAUCUCUAUUGACUUCCUUUCUAGACUUCCUCCUCCUCCCCUCUUUUGUUUCUUAAUUUUUAAUUUUUACAGCAAAUCCUUUCUGUUUUUUCAUAACAAUCUGUCAUUACAUUUCCUUAUUCUAUUUUCCCUCUUGUCAUAUAAAAACUUUAAAACUCAUAGCUUAUAUUCAAUAUUUACCAAAUUCUUGCAUCAUUACCUUUUACGAAUCAUUUACCAAUCCUUACUUAAGCCAUGUAAUUUCAUUCAACAUCCUUCAAACAUUUGUAAGCAUUCCCAAUAUUAAAAAAGAAAAAAGAAAAAAUAAUAAGUCAAAUUCAGUUCAGUCAGCUUCCAACCUCCCCUCCCCUGGACCCGGGAUUAUCAGUCCUUUUAAUCUCGAUAAUCCGGCUCCUUAACCUGGUUGUCUCGUAUCCGAGGCCCUCAAGUCUCUUUCUUGCCCCUUUCGCCACUCUUGUUGAUGAUUCCUUUCCAGUCGUGGAUGCUCCAGCAAGAAAAUGCUUUUGACCCUUUGCAGCAAGUCCAUCCCAAACCCAUUGCCCAAGCCAGACAGCAAAUAAUACCACUUCAAAUUUCCACAAAGCUUGGAGACUUCGGCUACUCCAAUCCUCUGAUAGCCCAUCACCAGAUUCGGAAAGUCCAAAUAACCAUAUGGAGGGGGGUCGAUCCAUCCCCCCAUUUCCAAAUCUGACCACAUUUCAUCUUUCCGAAUCUGGUUUGUCCCAAGUUCAUUUAUCAAGUUCAAAGGCUGAUCUUGCCCGUCCAAAGGUCCCUCCAUCUCUGAAGCCUCCGUCACUACAGCAGGUUCAUAUGCUUGUAUAGCCUUUAACUGAAUUUCAUUUGUUUGCUGCUGUGCUCUGGUAACUUCCAUCAUCAAGGUCGUCUCCUGACGCAUCUGGUCCAGCUGGGCACUUAGUUUUGAAAAACCUUCCAGGAACAAUUGUUCAAGCCUUUGUACUAGCAUUGUCCUUCAAGGUCAAAGAAAAUUCUUUCCCACGAAAAUAGUCCAAUAGUCCUUCUCUUUUAAUCUCUCUGCGUUGUAAUUUCACUAAAUUCCACUAGAUGGAAUUUUUUUUUUUUAAAGGAAUAAAAGCAACAGCAACAAUCUUUCUUUUCCAGAAACACUUUAUCCAAAAUUCCCCUUCCAAAUUCAAGAGGCAACAGUAGAAUCAAAAUGUUACCCUUCUUUUAACUAACUGUCGAGCUGGAUAAACUUCAGAACGUCAAUUCUGACAGCCCGCUCCUGGUUCAGGGCGGUGGAAAAUUGCUUUAUUUUAAACUCACUUCCGCAGGAUUGAAAAGUCCAAAUACAACCCCUUCUUCUCCUGCAGUCAAAGGGGGUCUAGAAAUCUUAGAUGUUGAAUUCUAGUUCUCUUAGAAUUUAAUUUUCAAGCUUUAGUAUAUUUUGUCUUUGCUUUCUUCACAUAACAAAAGAACGGAAGGCGACUUCCUGUUUAGACCUUCCCAUUCCGAGUCCCAAUUAAGUUCAAUUUCAAGUCCAAUAUUAUUUGUUUAUUCACCAGUCUUAAAAGUGGUUCAACUCUUCCAAGAUCAGGUACUCACGGAUAGAUAUUUUAGAUGCCAAAUUGUCCAGGAAAAGGCAGCGCUCUCCGAUAACGGCAGUGCGGCUUUGCUGCAUGGAGGAAGCAGACGACUCACAGCACCACGCACCUCCCACUCCGGAGCCCGUUACCGGGCUCCUGUACCAGGGGAGAGCGCUCUCGGUCCCCGCGGCGGCCCCCGUCCACAGGCUUCUGCCGCCUGGGGUUUUUGUGGGUCCCCGCUCGGCCGUAGCGGCUGGCCCCAAGCCUCCGUGCAGCGGGUUCCCUUCAGUCCGAAGGGAAUUCCGCCAUUUUCCGGAGGCGCCACCCCGGAAGUCCCCCCCCCCCGCCAGCCUUCUAACCAAGUCGGGGGACAGCGGGAAAGGCAUGCUGCGCCUCCCGCUGUCCCCCGAGUUUGCGGGGCUGGCGAUGGGGAGGAGCAGGCUUCUCACCCCCGCCAGCCUUCUAACCAAGUCGGGGGACAGCGGGAAAGGCGCGCUGCGCCUCCCCGCUGUCCCCCGAGCUUGUGGGGCUGGCGGUGGGGCUCUCCUGAAGCCUGGAGAGCGAGAGGGGUUGGUGCGCAUCUCUCUCCAGGCUUCAGCGAAAGCCUGCAUUCGCCCCAUAGGAUGCACACACAUUUCCCCUUCAUUUUUGGAGGGGAAAAAGUGCGUCCUAUAGGGCGAAAAAUACGGUAUACUGUCCUCCUGUUCUCGGGAAGGUUCAGGAGAAGGUGGGGACAGCCCCCACCAUUCCACCUCAGUCCAGCCCCUGGCAACCCACAGCCAUCCAACCAUUCCGUUCCAUCACCUCCAGUGCCUGCCUUCUAAUCUGGAUCCACCCAUUUAUGAUUUCUUUCUCUCUAACAGAUGUUAUUUACUUGUUACAUCUGUAUCCCACCCUUCCUUCAACUCUGAAGGUGGAACUGUCUUCACACCAUUCUCUGGUUUUUAGGAACAUUCCCGUCAUUCAGGUUCUUCUCUAACUGACCCUGGAAAUCUUCAUAUUGUUGACUCCGCAUUAUCUUAAUGGCAGUUUUAUCAAGCUUUACCUGUUGGUCCUAGUAAUCUCUUAGAUUGAGCCUACUCUGUCCUUAAUCCUAUGGAUUAACAUGACCUCAUGUUGCACCUGAAUAAAACCUCAAUUGCAGCAAUUAAAGUUCAGCUGAAGAUCUGUAUAAGUUCUCAAAGUUGUGACUUAUAUAAAAGGCGGCGGGGAAUGAAUAUCUAAACAAAAUUCUUAAACUUAGAAUCUACUUCAGUAGGAAAGGAAUUACAUUGAAAAUAAAACUUAGCGUAUUUUGUCAUAGCAUAUUUAUGCAAAUCUAUGGUUCAGCCACACCUAGAAUGCUGGGCAUGUAAUUCUGGACACCACUCCUCAAAAGGGAUAUUUUUAAAAAUGAGAAAUUAAGUUUAAAAGCAACCAAAAUGAUCAAGGCACUGGAGCAACUCCUUUAUAAGAAAAAGGUUACACUGUUUGGGACUUUCUAGCUUAGAAAAAAGACAUGGGGUAGGGAAGCAAAUGAGGAGAUUGCUCAGUUGGUAGCGUAUGAGAUCUCAAGGUCGUGGGUUUGAGCCCCACACUGGGCAAAAAGUUUCCUUCAUUGCAGGGGGUUGGACUAGAUGACCCUCACGGUCCCUUCCAACUCUACAAUUCUAUGAAAGUAGUGAUAGCUGCCAGCUUGGAUGGAUUUAAAAGGAGAAUAAGACUAUCAGUGGCUACUAGUCAUGACAGGGGUUAUAUUUCCUUCCGUAUCAGUGUAGUAUUCCUCUGUUACUACAAUUUAGUCCUGCUUGCAAUUUUUUUCCAUAGGCAUCUGGUUGGCCAUUAUGGGAAAGAGAUUGCUGGAUCAUUUAGACCAGGGGUCAGCAAACUUUUUCAGCAGGGGGCCAGUCCACUGUCCCUCAGACCUUGUGAGGGGCUGGACUAUAUUUUUUGGGGGAAAAUAUGAACGAAUUCCUAUGCCCCACAAAUAACCCAGAGAUGCGUUUUAAAUAGAAGGACACAUUCUACUCAUGUAAAAACACGUCUCCAGGCUGGAUUGAGAAGAUGGUUAGGCCGCAUCCGGCCCCCGGGCCUUAGUUUGCCUACCCAUCAUUUAGACCUUUGGGCUGCUUUUAUUCUCUUAUCUUGCACUGCUGGAUCCAACUCCUUGCUGGCUUUCUGUGGGUUACUGGUUUGUCAAUAGGGUGCCUUAUUUGUGUAGAGAUGUGUAGGAUUUGUGUGGACGGUUGGCAUGAAGAUGGACUGGUGAGUUUGUCAUCAGCCUCUUAACCCACGAUACUUGUGAUGUGGCUCUUUAAAUUUAGUCUAAGGUUUUUUACUGUAGCAGUUGGCGUGCCGUGAGCGGGGGGGGGGGGCAGAGGGGGCAGGAAAGAGAGAGGGAAAUCUGCCCACCUGCUGAGCAUAUAUUAUUUUCUCUUAGCUUCUAUUUCUGCAGUGCUUUGGGGCUUUUUAACACAAACAAAAUUCUUCUCUCACGCGCCGAACUUCCCUCCCUGAAAAAAAAGUUUCUUUUUGCAUUAUUUAGGAAGCCCUAGUUAGCUAUUUUGUGAGCAAAGGAGAUCAGCAUGUUGUUGUCAUCCCCCCCCCCCCGCAAGCUUGCAUGGAAGUUGAGGGAUGCCGUGGAAUCACGACAGCUCUCUUCACAGAUCACUGUGCAUUGCUGGGAUGCUGCUGCUCUGUGCCCCAAGGCCUCUGGCCUUCCUGAAGAGUCCUUCAGUCUGGAGCAAUCAAAAUCAGUUGUCACUUCCCCCAACCAGCUUCCGCUUGGGUGGUUCCUGGCGACAGUUCGCAGUGGCGACAGCUCCUCUGAUUCCGACCCUUCGGGGGGGGGUGCCAGUAGGUCUCCAUGGUGCUUAGUACGGGCUCAGAACUAUUUUGCACGUAUCGUUUUUUGAGACCGAGAGAGAACUUGCAGUUUGGGGGAUUCGCUCAGUCGCAAAACAAAAGGUGUUGGCAUUUGCCACCGAGUGAGACGCUGCCUCUGCAAAGAGCACUUUCGGGGUCAUCGUAUGCCGGAGCAUCAGAAAAUACCCUGAAGGGCCAGCCAGAUGGAUUGUGGGAGCUGACAUGAAACGUCAGCUAAGUCAAGGUCCUGCCUUCAGAGGAAGACUGCCUCACCUGAUAAAGAACCAGGCUGUAAUCUUUAGCCGCCACAACCCUGCUGAAAAGUUUGUUAACGCAGAAGAGUUUUGUCAUCUGAGGUUCCAGAUAGGUUUGGGGAAAUAUCUCUGUUCAGCCCCAGUAGACCAGAUGCUCAGGAAUUUUCUUAGAACAACCUUCUUAAAUACAAACAAUGGGCCAUCAUGGAAGUGCUAAGCCUUAGCAGCUAAGGUGGUAUCCCAUCCUACCUCUCUGCUUCCAUUUCUCUCUUUUCCUCAAUCCUAAUUAGGUGGCAAACCUGUGCCUGGCCUGUACCACUUGUGACUGCUGGUGGGGGCUCAUGUGACUGCUCCUCAGUGCCAAACGCUAGACUUGUCCCUGACAUGCAUGUUUUCUGUGUGCAGGGAAUGUCUUUGUAUUGAGGUAUCUCAAGGAGCCCUAAGCCAACCUGAAGUAUACUUAUUAGGGGAUGCUACAACUGCUUGCUAAUUUCCUGUACCCAAUUGUACCAUUUUUUCAGACACUGAAAUGAAAUAUCCCAGAGUGCAGAAGUAGGUAGGAUUGUCAUUUGACUUCCUUUUUUAUCCUUUUGUACAUGUCUCUUUCCCACUCCCCAUCUAUUUAAAACUGUGCUUGUCCCAAAAGGCUCAGGGUGGAAAACUGUAUCUGAGGCCUAACAAGACAAGUGUACCCUUGUUCCCAAGGCUUAUAGUAUAAAACUGUGUUUCACUGAGAUUCCCUGCUAGUCAAAGGGCAAACCUAAGCCCAGAAGAAGGCUAAACACCAGCAGCUGGUUAGCUGAACUGCUACAAUUGCUGUUAUUCAGUAUAUAGUUAAAAAGGUAAAAGACCCCUGGACGGUUAUGUCCAGUUAAAGGCAACUAUGGGGUGCGACGCUCAUCUCACUUCAGGCUGAGGGAGCCGGCGUUUGUCCACAGACAGCUUUCCGGGUCAUUUGGCCACCAUGACUAAAUCACUUCUGAUGCAACGGAACACCGUGACAAGUGCCGGAGCACACAGAAACACUGUUUACCUUCCCACUGCAGCAGUACCUAGUUAACUUGCUUUGGAACUGGGACCAGAGACACGGGUGGCUCUGUGGUCUAAACCAUUGAGCCUCUUGGGCUUGCUGAGCAGAAGGUCGGCGUUGGAAUCUAUGCGAUGGGGUGAUCUCCCGUGGCUCCGUCCCAGCUUCUGCCAACCUAGCAGUUCGCAAGUAUAUGAACACGAGUAGAUAAAUAGGUAUUGCUGCGACGGGAAGGUAAAUGGCAUUUCCGUGCACUCUGGCACUCGUGCACCAGUAGCGAUUUCAUCAUGACCCGGAAAGCUGUCUGUGGACAAAUGCCUGUUCCCUCGGCCUGAAAAGCAAAAUGAGCACCGCAACCCCAUAGUCACCUAACCAUCCAGGGGUCCUUUACCUUUUUUAUUAAGUAUAUACAUGACAGUUAGCUAUUAUGGCUGUUCUCUAAGGGUCCCUAGGGAUUUUAGUGCCAUGGCUAGAGAUCAGAGAGAAAGAACUACGGGCACCUCCCCAUACACACAUGUGCACACAAAAGUACAAUUCUUAAUUCCACCACAAUUUUGAUGGAAGCAUUUUUCUUUUUUGGAAAUGCUUUAAGCAAAUUUAGAAUGUGAGUCAGUAGCAGACACGGGGGUGGGGUGGGGGUGGGGCAAAGCCUGCUGGAUCAGACCAAUGACCCAUCUAGACUAGAAUCCUGGUGGCCAGUGGGUGCCUCUAGGAAGCACUCAAGCAAGGCUGAGCACAACAGCACCCUGCUCAACUGCAAUUGGUUGACUAGCAACUGGUACUCAGAGACAUUCAGCAACAGUGAAGGUGGAACACAGCCAUCAUGACUAGUAACCAUUGAUCACUUUAUCCUCCAUGAAUUCGUCUAAUUCUCUUUUAAAGCCCCACCAUACCGUGUGCUGCUGAUGUGUAGUGUGCAAUAUAUCUGCCAACUUUGCAGUGUUCUGUGCAUGUGGCAGCCCCAGAACAUAGCUUAAAUUAUGGCCUCCUUAUGCCAUUUAGAGGGACGUGGGUGGCGCUGUGGGUUAAACCACAGAGCCUAGGACUUGCCGAUCAGAAGGUCGGCGGUUCAAAUCCCCACGACGGGGUGAGCUUCCGUUGCUCGGUCCCUGCUCCUGCCAACCUGGCAGUUCGAAAGCACAUCAAAGUGCAAGUAGAUAAAUAGGUACCGCUCCAGAGGGAAGGUAAAUGGCGUUUCCGUGCGCUGCUCUGGUUCGCCAGAAGCGGCUUAGUCAUGCUGGCCACAUGACCCGGAAGCUGUACGCCGGCUCCCUCGGCCAAUAAAGCGAGAUGAGCGCCGCAACCCCAGAGUCAGCCACGACUGGACCUAAUGGUCAGGGGUCCCUUUACCUUUACCUUUUACGCCAUUUAAUCAUGCACUAGUUGAGUUGGAUAACCCAUGCAUUCUUUCAUCAAACCACUUGAAAUUAACAUUUACAUUGCCAUAGGCCGUUUGUGUAACGGAACCCUAUCCUGAACCUUCUUAGCUUUUCAGAGAAGUUGUUUCUAGCUUACCUACCCUUUUGAUUAUUGCAGAGUCUGGAAAGCGUAUUACUAUCUCCGGUGUACCUUGAUGUUCUUGUUAUCCUUAUCGCUGGUUCAUCCCUUCAAUUCCUGCUAAGAUGUUGAUAUCCCCAGGCAGGGAAAUCUGCAGGAGAACAGUUUUGCAUUAUGUAACAAAGAGGAAUAGAUACAUGUACAGAUGCCAGUAUAUGUUGGCUUGAAUUUCUAGUCCCCCCCUGACAGUUUUGGGCAGUGUAUUAUAACUAAAAACUCAAAUUCAAAAUGGCAAAUCAAAAGACAAGGCAUAGCUGUUAAAUCCUGCCCUUCCAACUUAGGGGUUCCCACUGAAAGCCUGCUCAGAUUAGAAAGCGUUACUGUAGGGCUUUUGAAAGACCUAUGAAAGUCCACAGUGGGAGUAUUCUAGAUCAAGGGAAUGUAAGAGAGUAAAGGGAAGAGUAGGUCUCUUUGGUAAGCUGGGCUGAAGCCAUUAAGCCUCCAGAGGCAACAGCUUCCUAAUUACUUGCACAGCUUUUGUCCUGAGAGCUAGAGAGAGGAGUCUAUAGCCUGGGCUUCUAUAAUCUGCACCCCAGAAAUCCAGAGCCUGUGCCGAAAACAAUUUAAAUUCUGUGCUUUGCACGAUUUAUGCAAAAUCAUGUUGUACAGUCAUACCUAGGGUUGAAGUAGUUUCAGGUUAAGCAUUUUCGGGUUGUGCUCCGUGGUGACACGGAAGUAACGGAGCGCGUUACUUCCGGGUUUCGCUGCAUGCACAGAUGCUCAAAAUGACGUCGUGCGCAUGCACGGAAGCGGCAAAUCGCGACACGCACAGACACGGGUUGCGUUCACUUCAGGAUGCGAAUGGGGCUCCGGAAUGGAUCCCGUUCGCAUCCAUAGGUACCACUGUACAAUAUAUUCAUGCCGUGAAGGCAAAGACUGAAGUGAGACUACAUCUGAGGUCUAAAGGAUUCAAGUGGGCACAGUAUAUACUAAUGCACACAUGCCUCCCCAGCCCCCGGAAAGCCUGGCCCAGAAAUUUCAUGUAGGCAUCUGAGAUGCUGCUUACAUGUUUCUAGGUUUGCUUAAGCAAAAAGAAAAGGCAGGUUCAGACUCCAGUGCAGACAGCCAUCUUCAUGUCUCCACUGUCUUUAGCGACAUUGUAGUUUUGGAGAUCUUUACUUAAUCUGUGCACGCGUAGAACUUGAAUCCCUGCUUUGGUCCUUUUGGUUUGUUGCCUACCUGACUGUGAAAAUAAGCUUGAGUGUGUGUGGAUAGGCGAUGCCUGGUGAAAUAGGGAGAAGAGAAGAAGGUAUCUCAGUGGUCUGGAGGUGAGGGUUCACUGGCAUGUAUAAAGUUCCAUGUAGCAGAACAGAGUGUGUAAAAUAAGCAGAUGUAUGCAAAAGUGAUUAAUUUGCAUGCUUCGUGCAGGGCACAGAAUUGCGCUUUCUUGACUCAGCAUUUUAUUUACCUUAGCACAGAAUAUUCUCUCAAGUGCAUGGAGCAUGCAUAGCCUCGGGCUUGGCUCAAACCCCUGUGCUCUCAACCAGCAUGAGUUGAUGCUGUGCAUAUAAACCAGCUCAGCUGACAGCAUGUGCAGCUAUCAAGCAGCUUAAAAAGGUAAAUGAGCCAGUAUGCGAGGCACAGCUGAUACCAUUCUUUACUUUCUGCAGUGUCACCCUUGUUCCUAGAGUUAUGUCGGAGUCAGAUAUGUUUGGUCUUAACACUGUGUUUUGGUUGCUUAAGCUCCCUUCCCCUGAAAAUUGAUCUUAAAAUCAAACUAAUUCCACCCACCCCUUUUACUUACAGUGGUACCUCGGGUUACAUACGCUUCAGGUUACAUACGCUUCAGGUUACAGACUCCGCUAACCCAGAAAUAGUACCUUGGGUUAAGAACUUUGCUUCAGGAUGAGAACAGAACUCGUGCAGCGGCGGCGCAGCAGCAGCAGCAGCAGGAGGCCCCAUUAGCUAAAGUGGUGCUUCAGGUUAAGAACAGACCUCCAGAACGAAUUAAAUUCUUAACCCGAAGUACCACUGUACUUAGAAACAGCUCUUUUAAAGCAAUGGAUAUGUUCCUACCAUUUAAAAAAACCACUUUUCUGCUUGAAUAUCUCUGUGUGUGCUUAUUUAUCAUUGGUAUAUUCCAAGUCCUCCAACAGAAAACAGAACUGAAGACUGAAAAUUUCAGAACAUAGCUGAAGACAGGGUGGAGAAGAUACAGUGGACCUUUGGGUUGCGAACGUGAUCCGUGCGGGAGGCAUGUUCGCAACCCGCAGCACUGCGUCUGCGCACACGUGGGUCGUGAUUCGGUGCUUCUGCGCAUGUGCAAAGCACAAUUUAGUGCUUCUGCGAGUGCCAAAACCCGGAAGUAACCCAUUCUGGUACUUCCAGGUUUGGCGCGGUGCGCAACCUGAAGCAUCUGUAACCCGAGGUAUGACUGUACUGAAUUCUCAGGACCUUGCAGGCUACACUCCUGAGUUUGAUCCGUGCUCCGGAAGGACCGUGUGCCUCAACAACUCGCUGGUCUCCAAAGCCUGGCUAGUAACCUCAGCCCUGAUAGAAAUGCUCUAAUGGAGGCCCCUCUAGCGCUGUUGUUAUGUGGUGAGAUAGGGACGGUUAUGUGUCUUACGCCACAUCAGGAUAUUGUCACAUCUUGUUCUCUACUGGCUGGCCAUAACUUCCCACAGUUUCAGAAGGGUAUCCUUCUCAGGCCUGCCCAGUUGAACCUGGCAUCUUCUGCAUGCAGAUCGUAUGCUCUGCCACUGAGCCAUCAACAGCCCUUCCCUAAAUCUGUGUGCACAUUGGCACCUCUGCCCAAGAUCCUGAUAUUGGCUAGAGAAUACUGAGGAAAGUUAAGGCAGUAUGGUCUGCUCUAAGAGGAGAAAAAUGCUUAAGAGUCUGAUAAAUAUUGACAGAAACUCGCCUGCAGUUCCCUGCACAAAUGGUCAGUUUAGAAGGACCCUCAAGACUUCGACCUAGUUGUCUCCAGAAGCAUGCUUUUUCCAAGGCCUUCUGUUUCAUUAGUGUAAUUUCUGCGCCACCAGCCCUCCGUAUAUCACGGCAGAGAAUGAUGAUAAGCAGCUGUUGACGGAUAAAAUGUGCCAAAUCCUAACAUUUGUUUGUAAUAUCGAAGAAAAUUAAGGCUGUGCAGAAAGGCAGAUUGUUAAUACGAGGCAGAGAGGGUAUAUGAGUGAAAUGACAGUGUCCUCAUCACCAUUUGGAUUUUACGGCUGUAAAAAUAGCCUGUCCCACCUGGGGAAGGGGGAGCAAGGAAUAUAUUUCUUCUCCCCACCCCUUAACCUGACAUGUGUGUUUCAUGCUGUUCCCCUGGGUGAGGCAGUUGCUUUCAUCUUUGAAGAUCUGCCUCCAAAAAAGUGAGGAUUUAUAAACCAGAUCAAACGCAUCACAUCAGUUAGAAAUAGAUCAGAAGCUGCAUCUACACGUGGGAUCACUAGGAUGACUCUUCUCCCAUGGGGCUACCUCUCUUCGGUACACAACUCUCCUUUCUUUCUUUCUUUCUCUCUCUCUCUCAAUCCCCAACCCAGUAAACAAAUGCAUUUGGAAUUUGCAUUCAGCAGACCCAAUUCUACAGAAUUUUCUCUUCUCUCCCCUCCCCCUCCUCCCCAGGAUAUUUGGAGAGCAGACUGUCAGAAUUUAGUUCCCUGUUUUUAUAUAUGGAAUUUAAAGAUUGAAAGGGUCUUCUUGCCCAUAGAGGAAAUGCGGUUUUAAGUGAAGCACAACUUAACAGCACAGCUUAAAUGAGAAAGCACUCUUUUGAUUAGGUAUGACAACGGGCUUCCUUUAAAACAAACAGUACCAGGCGUUGCGUGUGUAGCUCAGAAAUAGAUGCACGGCUGGCCAGGAUUGUGUUACAGAGUCAGUGGCUCUUGCAAAUAGGGACCCACCUAGACCUUCUUUGCUGGGCUCUUAAAAACUCCCUGUCAGUAGGGAACAGAGUCCUAGUUGUGGGGUAACUCAUAUGCUGUAUGUCAGGUGUGGGGAGUGCCAGUUUCUCCCCUGAAGGCCACUUUCCUUAUGAAGUAAUUUGUUGGGUGCCGAAUGUCAUGGGUUGUUGGGGUUGGAUCUAAAAUUUUGCAGGGCCACCUGCCCCAUUCCUCCACAUGCCUGAACACUCAGUGGUAUUACCAUUGUACGGUUGACUUGUGGCAGAAGCCCAGAAGCCCACUUUGCAGAAUGAACAGGAGGGCUCCCAAACUCUGCAGAGCUGGCUUAUCGCACUUGGACCCUGUUAAGUCCAGAUACAAGAAUUACCUAAUUGCACCACUGCAUCCAUUAAUUUUCUUACACACACACACACACCUUCCUUCUUUAAGUGGGAUUAUUCAUGGAAUUGUACUGUGCUUCCCGUGUGCUCUGUGUGUCUCAGAAGCACAGAAUGAGAAUAAGGUUAUAUAUCCAGGAAGGCUGCACCUCGUUCUGCUUAAGAGAAGGCAGUGGAACACUUGCCAUUGUGAGUAUGGCAAAUUGGAUUGAAGACCCCUGAUCGUGACUCCUCAGUUUGGAAUUAGAAAGGCACUAAGCCAUUCCAGAAAUUACUUUUUCAGUAGCACACAAUUCAGUUCAGUUUCUGACAGACACCAGCUGGCUUAAGAAUUUCACUUAGAAGGCUUGUUGAAAGAGGGAUGUCAAAAGGGCAAUAGAGAAGGUCCCUUGCGUUAUAUAAAAUGGCAGGGAGUUCCAAAAGGCCAUCUCCAUUCCUAAAAACUUUCCCAGUUCAGUUUCUCUGUUUGUCUCAGUUGAGUCAAGAGGCAGAAAGUUAACCACCCCUCCCCUUUCAUUCUCAGUGCAUUGUGUAGGGCUAUUGAUCUUCACAAUUGUAUUUGACAUUGCACAGGCUCUGUGAGACGUCUUCCACCCUCCCCCCGCCAGCCUCAUUUUUUCCUUUUUUUGGUGAAUCUUUUCCUUUUCUAGCUUCUUCCCAGAAGUGUUUUUUUGUUUUUUAUCAGGCUGCUAGUUUUCAUGGUCCUGGUCUUCUCUUUCUCUUUCCUUCCCCCCUCCCUCCCUUCCUCACUCCCGAUCCAUGAUCGUCUUGCCCCCGGGGCUGGGCUGGAGGACUGCGAUAGCAGCCAGUAUGUUGUAAAAACCAUGAGCUGUUUUAUUUCACCACCACCACCAUUUACUAUGAAGAGCCUAAGGAUGUGCUGUACAGUGGUACCUCGGGUUACAUACGCUUCAGGUUACACACUCCGCUAACCCAGAAAUAGUACCUCGGGUUAAGAACUUUGCUUCAGGAUGAGAACAGAAAUCGUGCUCCGGCGACGCAGCAGCAGCAGGAGGCCCCAUUAGCUAAAGUGGUUCUUCAGGUUAAGAACAGUUUCAGGUUAAGAACGGACCUCCGGAACGAAUUAAGUACUUAACCCGAGGUACCACUGUAUUAGUUUUGAGAUCUGUCACUUCAUAGAUAAUUGGGAACUAGGUAAAGGUAAAGGGACCCCUGACCAUUAGGUCCAGUUGUGACCGACUCUGGGGUUGCGGCGCUCAUCUCGCUUCACUGGCCGAGGGAGCUGGCGUACAGCUUCCGGGUCAUGUGGCCAGCAUGACUAAGCCGCUUCUGGCGAACCAGAGCAGCUCACGGAAACGCCGUUUACCUUCCCGCUGGAGCGGUACCUAUUUAUCUACUUGCACUUUGAUGUGCUUUCGAACUGCUAGGUUGGCAGGAGCAGGGACCGAGCAAUGGGAGCUCACCCUGUCGCGGGGAUUCGAACCGCCAACCUUCUGAUCGGCAAGUCCUAGGCUCUGUGGUUUAACCCACAGCUAGGCCGGAAGUCAAACUCAUCAGCUGAGACUCCACUGUCUCCACUUGCUAGUAGUGGCUCUCCAGGACUUCAGGGAGUGGGGACAUUCCCAGCCCUUACCUGGAGAAGCUAGAAACUUCUGCAUUUAAAACAGAUGCCCUACCAUUGCGCUUCAGCCUUUCCCAAAUAUGUUGCGUGGACAAGGAACUUUAAAGAGUUCUGAAUUCUGCCUCUUUCGUGCCAUUUCUUCACCUUGAUGAUUCUGUUUCUCUGUGUGUAAAUCCUGGUCCAUGCUGGUCUCUCACAAAGUGUUGGUGCUGACCUUUAAAGGCCUAAAUGGCUGCGGCCCAGUAUACCUGAAGGAGUGUCUCCACCCCCAUUGUUCAGCCCAGACACUGAGGUCCAGCUCCGAGGGCCUUCUGGCGGUUUCCUCACUGCGAGAAGUGAGGUUACAGGGAACCAGGCAGAGGGCCUUCUCGGUAGUGGCACCCACCCUGUGGAACGCCCUCCCAUCAGGAAAUAAACAACUAUCUGACUUUUAGAAGACAUAUGAAGGCAGCCCUGUUUAGGGAAGUUUUUAACGUUUGAUGUCUUAUCGUGUUUUUAAUAUUCUGUUGGGAGCCGCCAGAGUGGCUGGGGAAACCCUCCCAGAUGGGUGGGGUAUACAUGAUAAAUUAUUGUUGUUGUUGUUGUUUGUUUAUUACUGUAUAACAUGCCAGCCUUCCAAAAAGUUUUAUCGCUUAUGUGCAGGGGUUCAAUGUGAAGAAUUUCCAGCAAAUAGGUACUGCCUGUUGCCCAGACUUUUCUUAUUGGGGAAACUUGCCAAAGGCUGAAACAUUGCUCCAUUUUACCAAAUCAGGUUUUUUUUUCAAUUGCACAAAAUGUUGCCCGCUAGUGGCUUCAUGUGACAGAGCUGUUGCGCCUGUGUUGCAUGGGCGCUGUGAAUGGUAUCUGGUGGCUGCUACAAUUGCACAAAUUGUCAUUUGGCUGGAGUGGGGAGUCCAUGAAAAGAUAAACAGCAUUGCAAAGAGAAAACUAAAAGCAUGGCCCAUAGGAAGAAAAUCCAAAAUUCAUAUCAGGGCAAAACCUUUAUUAAACCAACAAGAGCAAUAGAAUCAAAAACUUGCACGCUGUUUUGCGGCAUUUUGAGUAGCCUAAUAAAGGUAUUGUAGCUAGUAUAGAUUUUGACAUUAUUGCAAAUGUGUGUCUGUCAAUUGGCAAAGAAGGCUCACGCACCAGGAGAACGUUAAGCAAAAUAACUGCUUUGGCAAUGUCUUAUAGAAAGGCAGCGUAUAAAUUAAAUAAAUUUGCUAGCUUGCUCCAAGCCUAAAAUAAACAUGCAAGUCUGUCUUGUUAAAGCAUUCAUGAAGAUUUAGCUCUGCAACAUGGUUUUCAGAGUACACCAUGUGAAGAAGAAAAAUAGCUAGCUUGAGUAUAUUCAGUGAUACGUUGUUAUAAAUUCAGGUAGGUAGCCGUGUUAGUCUGACGCAGUAGAAAUAUAUUUUAAAAAAUUAAAAAAUUGUCCAGUAGCACCUUAGAGACCAACUAAGUUUGUUCUUGGUAUGAGCUUUCGUGUGCAUGCAAAGCUCAUACCAAGAACAAACUUGGUCUCUAAAAUUAAAAAAAAAUAAUUAAAAAAAUUAAUAUAGAUUUCUGUUGUUAUAAAUGUCUUUAUUUUCCCUUCACCAUUGAGUGCUACAAUCACCAAGAUUAGAGGUGGUUUCCAGGUGUUUUCUUGUUAAUAUAUUUAUUGAUACUUACUCAAAGAUAUACAAAAAUUCAUACCUGUUAUAAAAUAGAUAUAAACAUAUAUAAAAGAUAUAUAAAAGUUCAUAUGUCUUUAUAAUACAUUGAAAUCAAACAGAUACUUAAUCUAAAAAACAACAGAGGCAGGAAAAAAGAAAAGAAAAAUGAAGAGAAAGCAAAAGAGAAAAGGAUAAAGAAAGAUAAAAAGACUUCCAAUUCUCUGUCCUGCAGCUAAAUAUAGUAUUCACUCAUUAACAUCCAGCCAUUCUACUGAUGAAUAUUUUUUUCAAUCUUCAAAUCCAAAUAUUACAUGUUCACUUUCUCUUUCAUGCAAAAAGCCCAUAGGAAGUUUCCAAUCCUUAAUAAAUUUCAGUAAUGAUUUUUCUCUAAUUAAACGCAUUAACUUUGCCAUCUUAGCCAAGUCCAAUAGUUUUAUCAGCCAUUCCUCUAUAGUGGGUCGGGUUGUAUCUUUCCAUCUCUGUGCAUAUAACAAUCUUGCCAUUAGCUUAUUUCAUUAUAGAAAUCAGGCACUGGUCUGGCUUCUAAUUCAGACUCUGACAAUCACUUCCUCUUUGCUUUUUUUUCUGGUGGGGGGGUAACACUUCUUUUAGCAAUGAUUUCCAAUUGAUCCAUCAGUGAGGACUCCUGAUGCUCUGCUAAAGCCCCCUUUCUCCCUAAAUAGUAACAUUCAGAUAUGUAAAGGGGGAAGAACAGAAUGAGGGCAGUUAUAUCAGUCGUCCUUGAAUUACUGUCGUAAAGCUCCCAUUUUGGAGUGCCUUCAGUGACUAGGGCCUAAUGAGGAUGUUCAGAUCUGAUCUGAGUCCCUUACCAGAAAACUGGGGGGGGGAAACCCACAUAUAUUUGAUCUUGGCAGCGAUGAUCAUAGAAAUGGCGAUUGGAGAGAGGAGGCCUUCUUUCAGCAGGAAAUCAUCUGAAAGAUGCCCCUUUUCCUUUAGCGUCUCAAGGCAGGCACAGUUGCAGAGACAUACAACUGAACCGUUUGCAAAGUUGGUGGUUGGUUUUUUUUGUUUGUGCCUGUCUCCUUUCAUUCCUACAGCUGCAGGCAGGCUGUCAGCGCUUGCUGGUUCUUGCUGACCCAAAGGUUGCUGUGGUGGUUCGAGAAAGAUAUGAGUUUUGUUACUGGACCCUUUUACGUUUCCCUUUCCAUUCCAGUCUCCUCCCCCACCGUCGGAAAGCCCUACAAAUGUAAUUAUUGCGGCCGCAGCUACAAGCAGCAAAGCACGUUGGAAGAGCACAAGGAACGCUGCCACAACUACCUGCAGAGUCUUAACACUGAACCACAGUCGCUGGCUGGCCAGCAAGGUAAGUCUGGACCUGCCAGGCUGGGACAGGCGAGCUUGAGGGGCAGUGUUGUCGGUCACUUAGGAUGGCUUUACGCACAGCAAUUUCUGCAAGUAUCCAAACCGGCUAGCAGGGUCUGUGUGGGUGGAACAGUCCAAAUCGUCUUCAAUGCAAAAUGCCUUCCCUAGCUGGUACUUCCUCUUUGAGGUGGUUCCCCUCCACUGCAUGGAAUUUCCAUCUAAAGGCAGAUUUAGUUACUUUUGCCAUCAUCAUUAUUAUUUGCUUCAUUUAUGGAUCACUUAGCACAAGGCAUCCUGCCAUCUGUUUCAGCAGCAGGCACUAGUUAGGUAAUGAGGACUAGAAUCCCAUAUCUAAUCCAGGUGAAAAUUUGGGUUUAGUGUCUAGAACAUGUAAGGCCUGGUAGUCAGAGAAACUGUGGCCUUGAAGGACAGAGUCUAAAUGGGUUCAGUGAUCAGGCUGGUCACUGAGAUCCAGCUCCGAGGACCUUCUGGCAGUUCCCUCAUUGUGAGAAGUGAAGGUAGAGGGAAUUAGGCAGGGGGACUUCUCGGUAGUAGCAACCUCUGUGGAACGCCCUCCCAUCAGAUGUCAAGGAGAUGAGAAACUAUAUAACCUUUAGAAGACAUCUGAAGGCAGCUUUUAAACGUGUAAUGUUUUAUUAUGUUUUUAUAUAUGUUGGAAGCUGCCCAGAGUGGCUGGGGCAGCCUAGUCAGAUAGGUGGGGUAAAAAUAAUAAAGUUGUUGUUAUCAUGGAUCUGGGGAACAGGAUCUAAAUUGGACGGACUAAAUUUAGCAUUGGGAGUCUGUUCCAUCCUUGCCGAUUUUGCUGUGUGACUUUUCCUCCCUCGGCAAAUCCCUGAACCGUCAGCAUCUACUGUUUUCACAAUACAGGCCUUCCAAAGGUUGAGGCAGAAACGCUCUAGGGAGCCAAACGUCACACCUGCUUUUGUUUCCUUGCCAGGUGACGAGAUGCGAGACUUGGAGAUGGUGCCGGACUCCAUGCUUCACUCCUCAGCCGACCGGCCAACCUUCAUUGACCGACUGGCAAACAGCAUCACCAAACGAAAACGCUCCACACCUCAGAAAUUUGUGGGUAAGGAGCUUCCCCUGGAUUCCUGGAAGUGGACUAAAGGUAGUGGCAGGACAAUGGAGCUGUUGACCACCGACAGUUGUGUUAUUUAUUGUCUUGGGUGUUUCCCUGUGGGCCAUCAGAUCUUGCAUUCGCAGCCCCACCAGCUUUUAUCAUCCCUCUCCAUGCUGCAUUGCAAAAACAAAAAAGUGGUUAGGCAGGGCAUCUCUCAGCAAGCAGCAAGAUGGCAGCUACCACUAGACUGGGACUUGACAGCCAUUUAUGCUCUCUGGAAUAGCUGCCGUUAGUGGGAUUUGGCUUCAAGUGUGGUCUAAAGUGUGGCUUCAAGUCUGAACCAAACUACAAGGUGGUAGACACACUAGAUUAAUUUGGCUGUUGUGGGAGUUGUUUUCUUCUGUUUUCAUGGUAUCAUUUAAUUGUAUUCAUGUUAUUGAAUGUGUUGUAAGUUAGAGACCUUCAGGUAACACGUGACUGACAAGUCUAAUAGUUGUAGUAGUAGUAAUAAACAACUAAUAGGUGCAAAAUGGAGUCACAAAUUCAAGAAGCAAGUUCAAAUUGAGCCUUCCCCCUGCUUCUUACAUAAAGUAUUUCUUGCCUCCAGUCAAGUGCAGACUCAGAUCUAUGUGCUGCGGAGAAGAGGAAAGCCUCAUGCACGCGCUUCCUUGCCCAGCUGUUGCACAACAGCCCUGCAGUCCUGCCAGCUGAGUCUUUUAAUCUGGUAGUUGCUUCCAGGACCCUCUUGCAGACCAGAUGGGAGGGAAGCAGGAAAGCACCAAAGCCCAUUCCUUUUUAAACAGGCUCUGAGCCAGCGCAUCCUACACUCUUCCAUUCAGCCAGCACACAACUUGCUGAGGAAAGCAAGCCUUGCUUUCGGCUGCUUUAUCCAACCUUGGAGAUCAAAGAAAGGUUGUUCAUUUCCCUGGCAGACCCCCCUUAACUUCCUUAUGACCGGGAACCCUGAGACCAACACACCUUGUAUUUUCCAGACCACUCCCUUGUAACUUACGUAGAAAGUAAAGGCAGCCCACGUUGCCUGAGUCUCUCCCAGAGCUUGGAGGGACAUGCUAGUCUCUUACAACUCUGAUCCUAAACUUCCGGCAAUGUAAAUUCCAGUUGUCUAGACACGUGGGAGUUCUAGAAUCCUGUGGUUGGUAAUUGCACACACGGUUAAAUUGUGAAACCUUAUUAGAAAGAAAAGGUGGGGAAAUUGACAGAAGGUAAGAUCAGAAUACAAAAUAAGCCAGAGAGCACUGUGGUGUGAAACUGGACUAAUCCCAGCCCCAGCCCCUACGAUAUAAUAUUUCUAGUCUGUUUAUGAGUAGACAGCAAGGAUGGUUAGCUUUCUGGUGGUAUAGAAGACCCAGUCUGGACCCCCCCUCCCAACUGCAGGAGCUGCUCAGCUUUUUAAAGGUUCUCUCCCCUGUGGUUCUUUUGAAGGAGGGAUCUCUGGCUCUUUCUGACCAAUGAGAGCCAGUUGCUCAGGUUGGUCAUGUCUCUCAGGUUCUCCUUUUGCAUUUGAAAGGGACAAGAGGGGGCUACGUACAAGAAUUGGCAGGGGUAAGAGAUUAACGCCCUGCAUGUGCGGCAAUAGCUGCAUCCAGAGAUUUCUUUGCAAGGUUUUUUGUCCAUGUGCUGUGCUCUUAUUUGACUUCCAUCCCUAACAGGCUCAUCGUAUUGACUGUAGAGGGAACUUGUCUUUUGAUACCUCUCAUCCUUUGCCUUAGGAGAGAAGCAGAUGCGGUUUGGCCUCUCCGACAUGGCAUUUGACGUCAGCUCCGGCUUCGAGAAGGACGUGGAGAUGGUGGCAGCCCACCAUCCCAUGGACACGAGCUUUGGCGGAUCCCUGUCCUUCAUGGGAGCAGAACACUUGCGCCCUCUCAGAAUCCCGCCGACCAACUGCAUCUCCGAGAUCACCCCCGUCAUCAGUUCCGUCUACACGCAGAUUCAGCCCCUCCCGGGCAGGCUGGAAAUAGCAGGAAGCCGGGAAGCUGCGGAAGGCCACGAGGACCUUCCCGACGGGACGCAGAUUGUGUACCGGGCAUCUCGGGAGCCCAGCAUGGUGUCACCUAGCAACGGCUGCCAGGAUUCCACAGACACUGAGAGCAUCCACGAGGAGAGGGGCUCACAGCAGCCGCUGCUGUCCGUCAUUGGGAACUGCACCAGCAGCCGGCAGAGUCCGGCCUACGCCAAAGAGGACCCGAAAGUACAAGAGGGCAUCAUUCCCACCACCACUCGGUCAACUCCCAGCUCAGCCAAAGAAGCCCUGCGUGUGGUGAAUGAUGAAGGGGAACAGAUAAAAGCCUUCAAAUGCGAGCACUGCCGAAUCUUGUUCCUGGACCACGUCAUGUUCACUAUCCACAUGGGCUGCCACGGCUUCAGAGACCCUUUCGAAUGCAACAUCUGCGGCUAUCACAGCCAAGACCGGUACGAGUUCUCCUCUCACAUAGUGAGAGGGGAGCAUAAAGUCGGCUAGUCCUAAACUCUCUCCCCUCUCUCCCCACCUUCCCAAAUCUCCCUCCCCAUCUCUCGUGCCCCAUCCUCGUCGGGUAUGGAGCCGUUCAUUUCUUUUGUACUCCGUUGCACUGACUUUGGCUAAAAAAGAGAAAUGUUCUAAAAAAAUAAAAUAAAAACCCUAACUUAAAAAAAAAAAUCCAACAAACUUGAGAUGGGGAGGAGCUCAUAACAUUUGCCUUUUCUACGCUGUGUUAUUUAAAUACUGUUUAUUGAUUUUAAAGUUCUCUUGUGCUUUUGAUUCUCUUCCACUCAUAGUUAUUUAUUAAUUUCAUUUCGCUAUUUUGUUGUCAUGUAAGCCUUUUCUUUAUGUCAUUUUGCCAGGGGCUUCCUCCAUUUUGAGGGACACGACACACACCUCUGGUACACAUCAGCAAGAUAUUCGUGUCUUUCAUGUCUGUCCCUCCUUCCUCCUCCAUUCAAAGUUUCUUUGGGCUUCUUUUGGUGAAUUUCAGUUCAGGUAUCUCUUGUCAAGCCACCAUGUUAGACAUUAAGAACCUCAGAUCAGGUGCUAAUAUACUCUUGUAGAACUUCGCCCUUUCAAAGGGACUAGGAAAGCCACGAUUUGAGUUACACUUAGAUGGUGAUGUCAGGAAGAACCGCGUGUUCCCUCUUUUUUGGGUGUCUGUGAAACACAGCAUAGAAAGGUAUCCGACUAGGAAACUCUGUGGUCCCGUGAACUCUAUACCUCUAUGCUUUUGCUUUAUGACAGCUUUGUGUCGAAACGUGCUGUCUCUUCUUUCGGGGCACAGAAAAGGAGGCGAAUUCUGCAUCUGGUGAAAAUGAAGGAGCUGCGGCACCAACUAGUCUGAAGGAAGGUGGCAAGCGUUUGUGUACAAAGUUUGCCAGGGUGCUGCUUUUGCAAGCUCAAUUGAAGAUCAGCAUUAGGAAAGCAAAUCCUUUUUUUCCCCCGGGAUGCAAGGAAGGAACCUUAGCAUUGCCUGGUUAAAGGGCAUGUUCUGCAUCCCAGCUGUUAGGAAUCUGGGAUGCCCUCCUUCAAAAGGGUUUGCUUGAUGUCUGUGUUGUUCACCGUGACCUUCUCUCCAGGAGGGUUGCUUGAGCUAACGUCCUCUGAGCUUCCUUCGGCUCUUAAAGAGUCAAUUUUUUUUAGUGGAAGUUUUAGAAGGUGUGAGCCUCAACCCUUAGGUGAGUGUAUGUCACCAACUUCUCUCUCCAAAAGCAUGCAACUUCCGUAGGGUGAAUAAAUAAACAUGACCCUGUUGGAUGUGAUUCCUAGGAGACAUAAUCAAGGGACUUUCAGUGGAAGGAAGGAAACAAGAUAGCAAAAGCCUCUGUGGCUUUUAGUAACCUCCCUUGCAACUACUAGAGUCGGGUGCUGAAGCCUUGUCACUUCUUGCUGUUGUUCUGGUGCCUGACUUCUGUCUCUCUCCAGUCAGUUGCCCAGGAAUUAGUUAUCACAAAGUAGCUUGGGGCUUGACUCCUUUCCCAGCAGGAAGGGCAGCCUUGUUUUUACACAGAUCAGUCAAAAACCUUAGUGAUCCGUGUUCGGAAAGCAUAUGGGGUUUUUUUGGACUCUAUUAGCAAACUCUUGACAGCAGCAGCCGUGAAGGUGGAAUUUCCUUGUCUUGUACAGCUAUGUAAAAGCAUACAGUGGCAUGGACAAAAUUGUGUCAAGUAACUUCUGGUAACCUGUCUGCCCAAUAUCUACACAGUAGCCAGAGUCUCCCAUUUUCUCACAGGUACGUGAUCAGUGGUGCCAAAGAGGGCCAUUGGUGUUCUGCAACGCAGAUCCCGCCAAAAAAACCUUGCUUUGUGUACUUUAGUGUCUUAAAGCCUUGAUCACCACGAAGGGCUGAAACCUCUAUUCUGUAGUUUGGUUGAAGAUGCGUUUCUGUUAGUGGACUGUAGGCAGGAUUUGUUACUCAGAGUCAGGCUUAUGCAGUCAUUCCUACCAGCCCAGGCAGAAAUUCUGUUUAUCCUUGCUUUUAAGAGUGUAAUCGCCAAAUGUAAAGGCUUGGGCGUUGAGGCAGCAUAACUGGGGAAGUUUGCCUUUCUGCAAGGUGUUGUACUUCGUCUCAGCACCUUGACCUGCUAGAAGCACCUUGCCUGAGAGAAAGAGAUGGGAGGUAAGGGUAAAAUUGUAUCUCUAGUCUUAGGACACAGCAAGGGGAGAAGGCUUGUGGUUUUAGAUAAAUGCCCAUGAUGCAUAAAAAAUAACUUGCUCAACAGCAGCUCAGCAAACUGCUUCCUUGUGGGAUAAACCAAAGGCUGUUCUUUUUCUACUUAUAGAAACACCUCAAGUUGCAACGUUUUGUUCGGUUUUGCCCUUUUGUUAUUAGACUUCUUUUUUGAGAUGUGAAAUGCUAAAUUUUCCGAGCUGUCGCCACCCCUUGCAAGGCCAGACAGAUUUGCUUAACUGGAAAGGCCUUGACAAAUGAGAUAUUCCGGGGGAUUCCUCUAGAAGAUGGGAAGGUGAGAACCUUCCUUCAAAUAGUUGCACUCCACUGUUCUGCCACACUUUCUAAAGCUCUUAACUUUUCUGGUACAAAGUCACUUUCCCCUUCUGCCUUGUCACUUGGGUUCAGCAUACGAAUUGUAUCUUACAGGUUCAGAAGGCAUUUUGAGCUGGUUCCAGCAGAUGUGUAUUUUGUGGCUUCAAGCAGAGGGAAUAGAAUAUUAAAAAUCUUGUCAUUAAGAUUACUAUUGUGCAAUACGAAUGGAACCUGCUGGGAGACUUUGCCAAAUUGCUAAAGGGACUUGAGAGUCCACUUCCUGUCUUUUCAAUGAGGAUUGUACUUUCCCCUCCCUCCCUGUUAUUCCUUAGGCCCCUUGGAUAAAGGAUUUUGAUUUUUUUAAAGCACUCAUAUCUCCUAUUGGUGUACAGUAUUCAGCACUUUUUGUGAUUGUUAAACCGAAGAAUCAGUUCAGAAGGCAUAGUUCCCCCCUCAAUAAUUCCCAAGACUUGGAUGCUCAUUAAAUUAUAUUAUUUGAAUGAAACUGCCCAGUGGUGAUUCUGGGGAUGACCCUUCUGUACUGGGAAUUGUUACGGGGUUUCUCAUGUGACUGGAAGACAUCUUAUGAUCCAGCCAUUAUACAUUGUAUUUUUGAAUGUUUUGACUUCAUACUGCUUUAAAAGUUAGGAUUUGUCCACUACAAAUCUUGCAAACAUGAAGGUUUGAGUCAGAUUAACACAAGCAGUUUGAUAAGAUAAUUGUGUUGAAUGAAUGAACUCAAGGUGUUCCAUUUGUGCCCCUGGAAAUCUGUGAGAGCAUAUCUUAAAGCUGCUUCUUAGCUAUUUUUUAAAACACACAUUUGGGUUCUCAGGAAAGGCUUAUUUAAAGACUUGUGAAAGCAGGAUGUUGGAAAUCUAAUGCACAUUUAUUACAUUUAAUAAAAAACCUCAAAGCUGAUUUCCAACUUUUAAAGACAUUUACCUGUCAUUGAAUGACUGUUUUGGCCCUUUAUGUGUAUAUGAGCAAGUAAAAAAAAAGCUUCUUCCAGAAUGCGUUUUCAACAUUUUUUCCCAUGAACCGCCUAACACGCCAGUAUUUUAGAUGAUUCUUGCAUCUUGCUUAUAGGAUUCAUCCUGUGAAAGCUAACUAGCUUUUCACAUAAAUGCGUUCAGAGAAAGAUCUAAAACAUUUGUCGCGUGAACCACAAAUGUUAUAGAAUUAAAUCUCUGAGUUGAGAUGUUUGCACAUCUUCUGGUCCAGGCAGACCUGUGUGUAUAGCAGUAAUGAGAGAAGCAAACUCCUAAACUCAAUGUGUGCAUGUUUUUGUUCCUCCCUCUCCACCCCAGUAUGAAUCUAGGCCUAGAAUGGUGUUUGCAGGAAUCAUUUCCAUUUAUAGGAAGAUUCUCUCUUGUAGGAUCUGACAAAGAGCACUUUCCUCUAGGUACAUGAGGCUGUCUGGACCUCUGGUUGUGGCACAGAGGUGUGUUUUGCAACACUAUAUUUAAUUGGCAAGCACUAUUUGGUCCAUCGAUCGAGGUGAAACAAAAGUUGGUAUUUACGAAGUCCUCCAACUAUUGAAAGAGAUCACUUAUUCCCCAGACAUAGGCAAAAUCUUAUGUGUGGUGUUUGUUUGUUUGAUUAUGUGACCAGUCUUUUAAGCAGAAGUGGAAAUAAAGCAGAGAGCAAAAUUUGUAUCUGCUUUUCCCCCACUUAGUAGAUCAGCUGCAUAGUUCAUGCUAGGCACUUAAAUAAAUCUCAAUCUGUAAAAUAGAGCUUGGGGGAGACACACCCCAAAGCAGCUGUUACACAACCGGGGGCCUUUCCACAUGUUUUUGGGGGCUACAACUCCCCAUCAGCCACAGCCAUCUUGGUUUGGGCUGAAGGCGAGUUACAGUACAAAGCAUCUGAAACACCACCUUAGGGAAAGUUGCUAAGAAUAUGGAGUUUGUUUCCCUAAAAUAAUCUAUUCUUCCAGUUCUAGAAGUGAUCCUCAAUGCUCUCAUCUUUUCCAUGUGAGAUUAGAGUUCUUUCCAGCUCCCCUAGACCAAAUUCUGGGAAGAUGCAUCUUUCUUUUUUUUUCCAAUGCAGAGACUAAUAUUGCUGUGAAAACUGUAAAACAUAAUCCGACUAGCUAUGCUUGUCAUCUUGAUACAUUUGUCAAGAAGUGGGGGCAUGUAUUGACUUCUUGACAUAUAACAUUGGGAAGGAAAUACGUUAGUGCAGUCUUUCUCGUUAGAUAUUUUUACAGGUUGUUGUUUUUUCCAGAUACAAGUGUGAUUCUUUGACAAGAACAACAACAAAAAAUUAAUAGGAAAAUCGGCUUUCAUAGUUGGGUACCGACUUCUUGAAAGCCAAAGAUGGCCCUUGGGUGCUUGGCAUCAAUUAAUGCCACACUGGUAAAUUGAAGCACCUAAAGGGUCAUUUGUUACUGUUGAUUUCUAUUUGUAAAAAGUAAAGAUAUCCCUUUGUGCCUCCAUACAAAGCCCACGUUCAGACUUUUUCUUCCUGUUUUUAGUGGGAAUAGAACCGCUCUCUGCAGGAACUCUUUGGUUUUCUUUUGGUUGUUUUUUUUAAAAAAAUCAGAAAUAUUGGGUAGUUCUUGAGCUAAAUGAAGACCUCCAGCUCAUCACUGUUGAACUAUAUUUACUGCACUGUGGAAUGGUACGAAUCUCUCUUAAACCUGCUUCUGUGAUGAAUCAGGGAGCAAGAAUCCUGUUUCAGACUUCACAACUUACCUCCUGCUUCUCCCCUUUUGUGAAAAUGGAAACAGGUUUUGUUUUUAGAGAAACAAAGCUCUAAAAUUUCUAAGAAAACCAGUGUUCUGUUUUAUUUUUGCUUUCACCUGUAUGAAGAGCCUAAAAAACAAAUCUUGGAAAUUUUGUAAAACUCCAGGUCUCUAACUUGUGUAAAUAUUAUAUAUUUUUUAACCAGAUGUAUGAAGAACAAAAAGAUGUGCAAUAUCCCCAACCCGCUACAAUAUUCUUCUCUUCUUUCUAACAAGCUUUCAUUUGUAUAUUGUUAUUGGAUUUGCUGGUGUCGCACUCUUUUCCCUUUUUUUUUUUUUUUGGUGGGGUUAAACUCACUUUUAAAUAAAAGAAAAACCUCUUACUGCAAAAGCUUUUUUGUAUCUGUAAUAUAUUGUAAGUACAUAUUUGUGUAAUGGAGAUUAUACUACUGUUAAGUUUUGUACUGUACUGGCUGAAGGUCUGUUAUAAAUAAACAUGAGUAAUUUAACAGCCUGGUCUCUCGUUUUCCUAACUGGAUUAUUGCCAGUUUUGUGCUGGUUCCCCAUUCUUAGAUCAGCACCCCGUUACAAAGCCAUGCUGAUUGAUUCAUUCACACAUGCACAAACCCCCCCCCCUUUCAUUUCAUCAGAAACAAGCGGAUGUGCUCGUGAAGAUACAUGUAUGCAUUUCUGCUACCUGCAAAGACGGCCUAGGACCCUCGUACCUACGGGAUCGCCUCUCCCGGUAUGCCCCACGGAGGACCUUAAGGUCCAUAAAUAGCAACACCCUAGAGGUCCUGGGCCCUAAGGAAGCUAGAUUAGCCUCAACCAGAGCCAGGGCUUUUUCAACACUGGCUCCAGCCUGAUGGAACGCUCUGUCUCAUGAGACCAGGGCCCUGCAGGAUCUGAUUUCUUUCCGCAGGGCCUGUAAGACAGAGUUGUUCCACCUGGCCUUUGGCUUGGGAGUCAAUUUGAUCCCCUCUUUCUUUUUUCCUUUCUCCUCCUGUGAUGAGGCUGCGUUUUAAUGUUGUAUUUUAAUCUUGUUUUUAAGUUGUAUUCAUUCAACUUGUUUUUAUUAUUGGUUCUUAGCUGCCCUGAGCCCGGCCUUGGCUGGGGAGGGCGGGGUAUAAAUAAAAUUUAUUAUUAUUAUUAUUAUUAUUAUUAUUAUUAUUAGCACUGCAGUUUCCUUUAUGGAGGAACUCUGCUUCAAAGAGAGACAUUUUCAUAAGUUUUAGGACAGGGGUUGGCAAGGUUUACCUCGCCUGGGCCAGUUCACUCCAGUGGAGAUCCCUCCAUGGGCUGGAUCGCACGCAUGCCCGUGAUUUUCGGUGUCUGCGCAGACACCAUUUCCAGCACCACAGAAGCAAGUCCCCACACCACGCUGCAUGGGGACUCGCCGAGCGGGCGGCUUGGUUUGGGGGCGGCUCAUGGGCCUGUUAAACGACCCCCGUUGGCCACUUGUGGCCCAUGGGCCUUAGGUUGCCAACCCCUGUUUUAGGACCUAAAGCAUAUAUGCCGGUCCAAGUUGCCAGUCUAUGGUUGGACAGAAACAAGGAUAGUGUAUAAGCAAAUACCUAUAUUUAUAGGCUCUUCCAUAGGAUCCUUCUGCUUGUCCCAUUAAAUAGAGCGAGAGCCAGCACUGAAAACUGAGCUGCUAAUCUUCAUGUUUGUUAACUUUUUUUAUGCUGUCGCUGUUAUUAUAUCUGUCACCUGAUUUCAGAAAGGUGAAUUCAAAGUGACCUUGAGAUGCAAUGUCAUGCUCUCCGCAAACACGACUGUGGCUGCAUCUACACAGCUAUAAAUACAAAUUCUCGGGGGAGGGGGGGGACGUUUUAAAGCUCACGAUGGUAAAUUUCAUAGAGUUCCAAUUUCAGCUCUACAGCGUCAACUUGUAUUAUAAUGCAUUUAUAAUUUGUUUUUACUAAUGUAGCUGAGUCCUGUAAGUAUUUGCACAGGACUGAGUACAGAAAUAUUAUUAUUAUUAUUAUUAUUAUUAUUAUUAUUAUUAAAUUUUAUUUAUACCCCACCCAUCUGGCUGGGUUUCCAACUCAGGUGUCUGAUACAGUAGCAGUUCAGGCAGCGGCUGAAAACCCAAGUGCUGGGUGUGACUGACAGCCAAACUGGUACUACUCUAACCGUGGUCAGAAAAAUGCAUGAGGCAUUAAGGGUCACAGGGGUGUGGGAUACUGAAAUAGAGCCCAUCUUAGAAUUCACACAUCUUAGACCACUUCAAAGGAAGUAGGGUGCAAGUCCAUUUCUACCCCCAACUUAGGAGUCUUGACAGAGGGAGCCUUCUUCCCAACUCCCUAUGGUAGUUGUAUAUUGUAGCUUCCCAAUGACUUUCUAGCCUAGGUGGCAUUUUCCUUAAGUGAAGAAAGAAAAGCUGUGUUGCUGUUUUUCUGGAAGGGAAAACAGACUUGAAAAAGAACUAAUGCUCAAAACAUCCAAAUACCCUCCAACGGAGAAGUUAUGUGCAAUUCGGAGCUUAUCCUAAUAUACCAAAUUCUUUAAAUUAAGUAUCCUUUUAAAACUGGGCAAAAAGCCUUUCAAGCUAUCCCUUCUGUGAAUCCUCCAUCCUAUAGUUGGGGGACGCUUCCAUGGCUGCCCACCCUCUUGUGAGCCUGUUUUUGAACGCCCAAGACAAGGCAAACAAUCAAGUUCUCAGAAUUAAGCAAACUUACGUUUUAAUAGAUGCGGCAAAAGAAGAAUCUCUCUCUCUCUCUGCUUCCCACCUUUUAUAUUUUAUUCCUUCUCCCCAUUCACGUUCAAUUAGGUCAAGGCCACAGGUUCCCUAUGUGAUGCACUAGUGUUGAGGAAGAAAAUCUCUGGAAGUAAUCAAUUACAUCCCUAACACUGACUAUGAAGACCGGUACUACCUAAUUAACGAAGAAAGAAGCUGUAAAAACAUACUUGGCUGGAGUGGUGUUUUUUGUUUUUUUAAAAAAUCCAAACACUUCAAACUACCAUAUUUAUAUGUCGCUGCCUUGAAACCACAUCAGCAAGAUAAUCUCUUUCUUUACCUCAGGACACUGAAAAAGGAACAGAGGUUCCCAAGAUGCCUAAUAUGA